GACACUCGGCGCGUCCAAUAGGCAGCGGCGCCUCCGCCUAGUUUGGGAGAUUCCCCGCGAGGGGCGGGCCCGGGGCAAAAGCGAAAGGCGCUGGGGGAGCCCCGGGUCCCUGCAGGGGCUGCUUCUGGAGGCUGCUCCCGGGAGGCUUUUGCGGGGCUGCUGCUCCCGGGCUCCCCCUGGGCAGGGGGCAGAGGCAGGAGGGGCGAUGCUGCUCCAGCGGAGCGCCCACUUUGAUCCUCAGAGAGAUGUGGGGCCCUGGCUUUCCGAGCAAGCGGCGCUGCGGGGAGACGCUGAGGCUGGUGAGGGUUGCUGCUGCUGCUGCUAUUCUUAUUCUUAUUUUUCUUCUUCUUCCUGGACGGUGGAGUCGCGCAUGCCUGUCCUUGUUGCCCGCUCAAAAAAACAACCCCUCACGACCUGUUAAAUGUGUUCUCGAGCCAAACUACAAUUUUUGGGGGGAAUUGGGGCGGCGGGACUCAGCUGCUGGCUCGCCUUGUUCCCAGUGGCGUAGCGUGGGUUGUCAGCACCCGGGGCAAGGCAAGUAAUUUGCGCCCCCUAACCCGUGGAUUUGCGCCCCCUAACCCGUGGAUUUGCGCCCCCUAAUCCGUGGAUUUGCGCCCCCUAAUCUGUGGAUUUGCGCCCCCUAACCCUAACCCCCAGAUGUUGUGCCCGGUGCGGCCGGCCCCCCCUGCACCCCCCACGCUACGCCACUGCUUGUUCCGCUCCGGUUUCGUACUUGGGAAACUUAGAAGCAGUUUUCCCAGCGCAGGGAAGCCCCGGCCAGGUGACAAACGUAUCUCGACCUCAGCUCAGUGACCAAAGUUGCUCAGACAGGUGAGCUGAGUACCUGUGAGUACAGCGGCAAAGUCGAGAGGGCAGGUUCCCCUCAUGACCGUCGCAGCCUCUCCCCACCCUCACGGCGCUGCCCUCUUCUAAGAGAACCAGAAAUAAUCUUUAAAACGUCUGGCUGCGUACCCUUAAAGCACGUUCAUACUUUCCCCUUCUCUGCUGCUCAGAGAAUUCUGGGCACUGUAGUUUACCCCCUACACAGAACUACUGUAACCAAGAAGGCAUAAACUACAGUUCCCAGAAUUCUUCGAGGGAAAGAAUGGGCUUCAGGUGUGCUUUGAAGGUAUAGCAUGAAUACAGCCUUCCUCUGCUUACAUUAGAAGAGGAUGCUUAAAACGGACGUUUAAACCGGCUGUAAAACACCAAUCGUCAGUCUUGAUCAAAAACAGUGAUAAGCUGAUCCCAGAGGAGACAAUAAUUCCGUCUAAUAAAAUCCGAAGGUCACUGUAAGUAAAACUGGACUAUUGCUUUUUAAAGCGAAUGCAUUAUUUAGGGGUGCUGUUUUGUAUAUGAUUCUGUGAAUGAUGUUGUCUACCAAACGCCAGCCUCCUUUCAAAACACAGAAUAUCACCCAUAUAGGAAGACAGACAAGUUUAUGUAUUAUGCACAAUCUACUGUAUUACUAGCAGCACAUUAUUUUCUGACCAAUAAUGUAUUGGCUCUUCCCUAAAAUAACAGUGACGAUCCUAAUCACAAGCGGACUGCUAUUGUAUCACUUUGUCUGACGUAUAACAUAAAGAAGCAGGCAGCCUGCGUGUCAAACUAGACAUGAUAAAGGAGAUGUGUGAUUAUAUCUAUGGUCUCAUUAAACCUAUCAUAAAUAACAGCUGCUUGGGUGGUGGAUGAGAAGUGGAAUCCAUUCUUAGGACGGGAGGGUUGUAUCCAGCUUAUCUUGUACUCAGAGUAGAUUCAUCAGUGGACUUAAUUGAAGCUAUUCAGUGUUUCAAAACAAAAGUCCCAGAGAGACAAAAUAUGGGGUACUUCCAGCCAGGAGGAAAUUUGGUCAUUAGAAACGCAGAGAUGGUGUAGAUCAUGUGAUUGUGUUGGAGAAGCACUAAUGGUCAUGUCAACACCAGAGAAGUUGAGAAAUGUGCUGUUUUUUAAACUGCAAAUAAUUUUGUUUUGCAAAUAAUAAUAAUAAUUUUAUUACUUAUACACUGCCUAUCUGGUUGGGUUUCCCCAGCCACUCUGGGGAAGCUGCAGUACAGUGAAGAACAAUUGCAAAACAAGAAGUUACAGAGCCCAUGUGUCAUUAUUACAGCAUAUGACUGGAGAAGUGAUAACCAUUGAAAUCAGAUAAACAAGAACUAAAGCAGCUAUCUGAUAUAAACCCUCAAAAACCCAGUGUGGGUAGUUGGAGGUCAUGAACUCUCAAGAGAAGCAUUUAUGAAAGUUAGGAGCAGAAACCAUACUGUAUCAAAUGGAUUAGGUGUACUUUGACCCCUCAAACAUAUCUGUGUAUUGAAUGCAGAGUUUUGCAAAAUUUUGGAACGUGAGUGUGGACAAAAGGGACAGGCUUCGAAAUGGAACCAGGUUGCUGCCAUUUAAUAGCAAACUGGUUGUAGAGCAGUUUUUAAUCUGAGCCAUGGGAAAAAGGUUAUAGGAGCAAUGGAGCACCCAAUUUGGGAGGAAUUGUCCACAAGAGGUGAGGGUGAUAGUGUUUCUGAUUCCCAGAUAUCAGUGGGAUAGUAUAAGGCUACUGAACUAGGUGUUCAAUAGGGCACAAUAUCCAGUCAAAGAGACCAGAGGGCUGUAUGGGAAAACACACAUGCUAUAGACAUUUGGAGAUUUAGGUCUGGAUAAGCCAAUUCUAGGAAGUUACUGAGCCAAUAUGGGAAAUCCACAAGGCUUGGCUUUGUUGUUGUUGUUUAGUCGUGUCCGACUCUUCAUGACCCCAUGGACCAGAGCACGCCAGGCACUCCUGUCUUCCACUGCCUCCCGCAGUUUGGUCAAACUCACUUCGAGAACACUGUCCAACCAUCUCGUCCUCUGUCGUCCCCUUCUCCUUGUGCCCUCCAUCUUUCCCAACAUCAGGGUCUUUUCCAGGGAGUCUUCUCUUCUCAUGAGGUGGCCAAAGUAUUGGAGCCUCAGCUUCACGAUCUGUCCUUCCAGUGAGCACUCAGGGCUGAUUUCCUUAAGAAUGGAUAGGUUUGUUCUUCUUGAGGUCCAUGGGACUCUCAAGAGUCUCCUCCAGCACCAGGCUUGGCUUUAAAGGUGAGCAAAGAUACUUUAGGGAGUAUUCUAGUGGAAUGCAGAGAACCAGUGGGAUAUAGUUGUAUCUGUAAAAAAACCUCUAAAAGGAGGACAGGAAAGGGCAUAUGGUAAUGGUGGGGUGUAUCUCAGAGGGAAUAAACUAGAAAUCUCAGAUGAAACAGACUCCCCUCCCCUGAAGCAAAAUGCUCAGGGUGAUCUUGAAAUGGAGACCAAGUUAUGUCAGGUCAUGGUUUGCUUAUAUACAGCCUAGGACCUUGGUGGUAACUUAGACCCAAAGGCCCUCAAAGCAGUGAGCAGCAUAAUCAUGUUAAGAAAUAUAAAUUAAAAGUGCACUAAAUACAGGAAAUCAAUCAUCAAAACAAAACACCUGAUAGCGGCCUACCCAUAAUAGGGGUUGAUGGUUGAGGAAUAUGAUCCCUAGUGGUAAUUGGCUAGUAUUGUAGUAAUAGAUGGCUUCAGUUACCCUAACACAGACAGUGUGAAUGUGUCUGCAAGUUAUGGCAAAGAGGUAAAAAUUAAAGAUAACUUCAGCAACUGUGUCUUGGAAUGGUUAGCCAUGGAACUUGCCAGAGGAGAGUUGACACUGGACUUAAUUUUCCAUUUGCGGUUAAACCAUAGAAUGUUGCCCCAACAUGUGGCAAUGGAUUCCAGUUAGGUGAUUUUCAAAGUUGGGUUAGAUCAGUGAAUCUCAAUUUAUCUGAUGCAAUAGAGCUGGAAUCCUCCCACCAUAUUUGCAGGAGGGACCAGAACCAUAUUUGGACCUUGAAGCAUCCCAUCCAACCUGGGCUGUAGUGGAGUCACCAGGAACCAUCAGCCAACAGUUUGUGGACUGGCACCAGUCUGUGCACCACCACUUUGAAAGGCACUGAAUUAGAUGACUGUCAUCUGCUUACUUGAAAAGUGAGUUCCAGUGGUGUUUCCUCUUAGGAAACACUGCAUAGGAUUGUAAUCAACACUAUUUAAGAAGGAGCAGUGCAAUAAAGAACCCCAGUCAUUUUCCAGGAGGGGUGUAUUUCAGAACAUUUGCUCCUGAGUCAAGCAUUUUUAAUGAAUUAUUGCCACAAUAUAUAAAUACCUGGAAAUUCCUGUUGUCCUUGCUGUGUUUUUGAUUCUUCAAAAAAUUAUUAAGACACCCGUUGUGGAAUUCCUUCCCAAAAUAGGUGACAUUAACCACAUCCCUGGUAGUGUUUAGAUGGGCUGUGAAAACAUUCCAUGUGGUUUAAUAGUUUACUUGAUGGUAUUUUAUUCUUUUUUGUAAACUGCGUUGAGGGCUCUUGCUGGGGCCAAAAAAUAGCACAUAUAUAUAUAUAUAUAUAUAUAUAUAUAUGUAUGAAGACAAUUAAGCAGACUCUGUGACUAUUAAGAAAGUCCUCUGUCUUCUCUGAUUAUUUCUUCAAUAUGUAUCUCCAAAAGUAGUAUCUGGAUAUGUAAUUCUACAAAUGGUUCUGGCAACAUUAUUGAUCUUAUUCUGACAAGCAGCUUAAUACAAACUUUAAUUUUUAGAGUGAAACCCGCUGUGUAAGGUGACUUUUUUGUGUUUGUAAAAAGAAAAGUGUGAUGGUUUCCUUUAAUUUGCUUAGUCCUGGCAAGCAUAAAACUUGUUUAGUAAGUAUUUCUGGUUGAAAUCAAUGAUACUUAAAAGUACUUAACCUUUGGCUGGAUCCUCCCCAAAGUUACUGUAAAGAGUUGCAUAAUCCGUGUGACUGCCAGGAAUGGCAUAUCAAAUUGGAGUGCAAUAUCAGAUACAGCCUGAAAGCUCUGGAAGUGUAGAGUUUAUUUUUCUUUUUAAUUUAAACUUCCUUGAAAUAUGGAGAACGCUCAAACCGAAGCAUGAGAGAGCAGGAAAUCCUUCUGCAGAUUCAGCUUCCUACUAACUGUCUAUCAUGUGCACCAGUUUUCCUUUGGUGUGUCACAACUUAUCUUGCUUCCAUUUUUCUCCUGUCAAAAAUGUGGCAAGAGAACAUUUAUAGCACCUCUCUCUCUUGACUUCAAACUCUAAAUGUGUAACAAGGAAAUGCUAAUUAAACUACAGUGGUACCUCGGGUUAAGUACUUAAUUCGUUCCGGAGGUCCGUACUUAACCUGAAACUGUUCUUCACCUGAAGCACCACUUUAGCUAAUGGGGCCUCCUGCUGCCACUGCGCCGCCGGAGCACGAUUUCUGUUCUCAUCCUGAAGCAAAGUUCUUAACCUGAAGCACUAUUUCUGGGUUAGAGGAAUCUGUAACCUGGAGUGUAUGUAACCCGAGGUACCACUGUAGAAGGAUUGUUCAGGUUGCAGGUUAUAGCAUUUUGCAAGAGUUAUUACUCUGGGUAAGGCAAAACAAUAAAUUAGGGCUGUCACUCAGUUAAAAAAAUAAUAAUCUUAGGCUGCAAUCCUGUGCAUGCUUCCUUGGGAGUAAGCUCCCUUGAUCUCAGUGGGGCUUGUGUUUGAGUAGACAUGCACUAUGAAUUGAUAAUCACCAGUAACUUAGCAAAUUAGUCCAGCAAAUAAAUUUGCUUCUGGAUUAAAGCAGAAGUAAGAAGCACACUUGCAUUGUAGUUCAUUCAUGCUCAUGCCAUGGGAGACGUCUUAGAGUCUGCAUGCUAUGAGAAGGAGGUGAGGACCACUCCUUUAAAAACUGCCAUCAGUAAUCUUUAGAAGUAUGAAACGAUUUCUUUUAAUUUUUUAAAAAUCUACCCCGUCAAAGAGGGGCACCUUUUUAAAUGAUUAAUGUCAAUUGGUUAAAUGUUUCAGCCCUCAAAAAAUUGUGGCGGAUUUUGGCACAGUGGAUUUUAAAUUUACUAUUAUUAUUGGUUAGUUAUAAAGCGUUUCAUAUUUGUGGGUUGACCUGUGCUAAGGGUUUGGGACAGAGAAUGCUUAUAUUUCCCUCCUGACUACAAGGGCCAGCCCAAGCCAUUUAUCAGCCUGAGGGAGAGCAGCAAAUGGUGACUGCUGCUCUUGUGCUGGCAGCAAUCCCAACUCACUCAGAUUCUGUGUUCCAAUUGAGGAUGGGCAAAUCUGUCCAUAUCAGUUCCUCUUAGUUUCUAAUUUUCCCACUCUUAAGUUCAGUUCUCUACAUUUCCACAACAUUUUCAUAUUUACAAAACAGUCCUUGUGAAAAAUCUUCAGCGUUGUAGUGUUUAUUAUUAUUACUAUUAUUACUACUACUACUAUAUAGGGAGCUCCCCAUUCGAGUCAUGCGUGACUGCUGACACACAUGCCGCUUUGGGCAUUGGAAAGGGACAAAGUGGGGGCGGAACAGGGCAGGGUGGGCUAAUGGGCGUCCCACCAUUGCGUGUGGUGCCUUGGAAAGCAACCCUUGAGUAAAUGGGGAGUUGCCUGUAUGCUCCUCAGCUUCUUGAGAUAAGUUCAUGUGAUUGUCAAAGUUCCUUCUUAUAGAUGAAAUCAAAUCUCCCAUUCCACUCUCCCACCAGUUAACAAUAUCCACGGGACACUGUGGCUUGUAUUACAUUAGAAGACUAGAAUUCUAAACAAUUUCCCCAUUCAUGCUGAAAGAGCUGCACUCCUAAUAAGGCCACUAAGCAAUAGUUUAAAACUACUAAUUAUUCCUAUAACAUUACAUGACAUUAUUGUCCUAAUGACGUUUGUUUGUUUCUUUGUCAGUCUUUUUAAAAAAAUAUAAUUGAGCUUAAACUGGCCUGAAGCAUCUUACGGUUGUUAUUUCAGAUAUUUUGGGGAGUAACUUGGAGACACUCCGCACAGUUAAUGUUGAAAGAAAUGGAAAUAUUAUUUAUACCUGGAAGGUAAGUAAAGAAAGAGAGAUAAGACUUAAGAAAUGGUCUACAUGAUGCUAUGUCUGCUUUACUGGAAGUAACACUGACUACAAAUGGGCAUUGCACUCAAGUAAGACUUGGUGUGUUAUAUAGCAAAUAAUAAGUGUGUCCAUCCCUUCAUUUAAUUUAAACUUUAAUUUUGCUCUGAAAUUAGAGAUCUUAUCAUUACAAAACUGAUUAAUUUGCAAUGCUGACUUCAUAUCCCACUUCGUUCAUAAUCAGUGGAGUGCUUCUAUUUAGCACAUUUUGGACUGCAGGGCUACAUACACUUACCUGGGAACCAGUAGGAUUUAAUUUGAACAAACGUACAUAGCUGUCCUCCUAUCUUGCCUUUCACCACCAAGAUGCUCCCGGAAGUGCACCACUGUGCUUAUCAGACCCUUCCAUUGGGACAACCGAUUAUCUGUAAUCCCUCCUAAAAUACAGUCCUAUUUAUUUAACAAUUUGUACAGCUCUCUUUCCUUGUUUGCUAUCAGCUGCUCCUCAGAACGGUUGGAGCAGCAGGAGUCAGCAACCCUUUUCAGCUGUGGGCCAGUCCACCGUCCCUCAGACCAUGUGGUGGGCCAGACUAUAUUUUUUGGGGGGGGGGAAUGAAUGAAUUCCUAUGCCCCACAAAUAACCCAGAGAUGCACUUUAAAUUAAAGCACACAUUCUGCUCAUGUAAAAACGCGCUGAUUCCUGGCCCGUCCGCGGGCCGGAUUGAGAAGGCGAUUGGGCUGCAUCCGGCCCCCAGGCCUUGGUUUGUCUCUAGUAUCAAAUGCCUCUGAGCUUCAGAAGAGUGGGCAGGGUUGCAUUCCCUCCGUCCAACAGUGGACAACUUUUGCAAACUGUGGCAGCUGAAGUAGUUUCAUUUCUGAACAAAGACUGGUCUUACCCAAAUUUUCCUGGAACUCUCCCACCACUGACUGACUGCUCAUGGUCAUUGGGUCAUGCAAAUAUGUUUUCCAGCAACUGCUGUCUUCUUAACUGGCGAAACUGGUUGAAGCUGGUACUUUUAGACAUGCAAAAAUGUUUUUCGCCACUUUGCUCUGGCUUUUUCCGCAGAGCACUGAUCAGGUGCUUCAUCACUGAGCUGUGACGCUUCCCCUAUUGUGCCCAGACUUUAAAGCAUGAGAUCGUUGUUGUUUUUCCACAGACCUCUGAUCUGGUGAUACAGAUUGGAUGUGCCAGUUAGUUACAUGGUGGCAGUGCACAGCCCAUGCUGGAUCCUCCAAUAGUCUGUUCAGCUGCUUUUAAUUUAAUUGUUCCUGUUCUGUUAACAGUGGCCUGAUACAUAGCAAUCAAACAUCUGUUUAUCUCCAUACCAGUACAAACACCACAUGCUCAAUUUCUUUCUGUUGAGCUGCUGUUAAAGACACAGAAAUGGGGUCAGUCAAAGGUGGCAGCCGUCAGGCGGAUGGUCACACUGCAUAGCAUAAUUAAGAGGAAGUAAAACUACUAGGUGCAAAGAUGAGAUGAUUUAAAAUGGGUUUCCAAAUUUCCCAACAUGUUUUGAUGAGUGCUUUUCCUUAGGAGAAAAAAACCAAAUCUAUAAGUUCAUUCAAAAUUGUAUUCACAAGGCAUUAGAAUACAGACUUAUGUGCCUUUUCUCUUUCUCCUUACCAUGAAAGGGAAAAGGGAGGAUAUAUUUAGUUGAGGAAACUGAGAGAGAAGGUAUGACAGAAGUAGGAUUGUCUAUGUGUGUGUCUGCUCUCUCGUUCUAUCCUGGCCUGCUUUCUGAGUCUCAUAGCAGCUCAGCAUCAAGAAGUUAAGUAGGUGAAGGAUUAUCAUCAUCACUUUUAUCUUAGAGAUGGGCAACCUGUGGCCCUAGGACCACACACAGGUCUUGGUCUAAUAUCACCUCCCUGCUCCCUGUAGGUGAUCAGUUCAGGCUUUCGGCGAGAGCAACAGAUUCCUCUCCCUGGCUGUCUGCUGGGCAGGAAGGAAGAAUGGAAAGGAAGAGAACAAGGACUCCUGGCUGUGGCCUUUCUGAUUUCUGGCUUCUGCCACGUUUAGCACUGAUCCAUGGUCCCUGACAUUACCCACAAGGAGAAAAGCUUCACCUCCCUUCAUGACAGGGGAAAAUGUAAUCAUAUAUUUUGGGCUCUUAAAGAUAAGGGACCAGAGCUGGUGAAAUUGGACAAUUGAAGAUAAAUGGUUAUAUUAUUACAGGUGACACUGAAUGUUUUUAAAAUGUUCUGUUCUCAUGGCUGAAUCACUUCCCUUGCAGGGGAAUCAGGCGCACACCUGUAUUGGAUUGUAUGAGCCCAGUAGUCAAAAGAACCAGGUAAGCUUCAUCCACCAUAUAGAAUAGGGAGUGUUAUAGAGCUUGGCUGUUUCCAAAAUGAAGGCUUUUACAAUUGCUACAAUAAAACCAACAAGCAUGUAAAAUCUAUAACAGAUAUAUACACACGCAUAUAUACAAAUGUUUAUAAAAUUAUGAAUAUUGACAUAUCAUUAUAAAGCAGCAGUACUGACUUCUCCAGAAUCCUCAUAGAAGAAAAAGGGUUUGGCCAAGAUCAUGACGCUAGAGGGAAGAAGCUUGGCAGAUCUUCUAGAUGGGGUAGGAUUUAAAGAUGCAAUGCAGCCUUCGGGUAAAUCAUUCUGUUAUUAGACCUUCAGAAUGAACCUCCUUAGGGGCUGAUUUGCCUGAGGAUCUUAAUUGGCACAGUGAGGGUCACAUGGCAGAAGUAAUUCUCCUUAUGAAUUGGGGCUUGGGUUUGAAUCAGUUUUGGCAGGAAACAUGCAGUGAGUGGCAAAUGUUCUGGUCUUACAUGUUACCUGGCUUUCUUCAAUGUAUAUGAAUGGCUUCAUUCUGUGACACCUACAAUUUUUAUAACCACCCUCGGGUGCAGGUCCAUGCAGGCAGUAUUGCAAGUCAGGGUAUGAGAUAUUCGGAGAUACCUUUUCUCCAAAAGGGACUCAGUUCCCAUCACAGAUGUAAUUGAGAAAGGUCUCCCUGGGCAUUGCUGCCACCCAGGAGCCAAGGCAGGUCCAGCAAAACCAUCAUAUCAUAAACCAGUAUAAUCAGGGAGAGAAUGUGUAGCUGAAGUCAUAUCCCUAAAACUGCUCAUAAUCUCCUGUACCUCCAUGUGACUCCUUCUUGGAUUGAACCAUCAUCCUGUUACCAUAUCUAGACACAGUGAUUCACAGUCAAGAUAAGAUCCAGCAUUAGAGGGAAAGCUGUCAGAAAUUGGCAUCUAUUAUAACUAUGAGAACUUUCAGAAUAAAUAACUUGAACAAAACAUGACCAGUAGAUAAGAUGUACAGGUGUUGAUUGGUCUAGCAUAAUAGGUAAGAUACCUCUAUUCUCUAUACUUCCAUAGCACAAAAUUGCUUGGUUUUGAGGGUAUGGACCAUGGGUAGGCAAACUAAGGCCCAGGGGCCAGAUGUGGCCCAAUCGCCUUCUCAAUCCGGUCCGUGGGCAGCCCAGGAAUCAGUGUGUUUUUACAUGAGUAGAAUGUGUCCUUUUAUUUAAAAUGCAUCUCUAGAUUUCUGGGGCAUAGGAAUUCAUUCAUUAUUUUUUUCAAAAUAUAGUCUGGCCCCCCACAAGGUCUGAAGGACAGUGGACUGGCCCCCUGCUGAAAAAGUUUGCUGACCCCUGGUAUGAACGUUAAGGAACCUAGUUUUAAGGGGGUUGCACUAAAACUGAUUGGGAUGCGGGUGGUGCUGUGGGUUAAACCACAGAGCCUAGGACUUGCCGAUCAGAAGGUCGGCGGUUCGAAUCCCCACGACGGGGUGAGCUCCCGUUGUUCGGUCCCCUGCCCACCUAGCAGUUCAAAAGCACGUCAAAGUGCAAGUUGAUAAAUAGGUACCGCUCCGGCGGGAAGGUAAACGGCAUUUCCGUGCGCUGCUCUGGUUCGCCAGAAGCGGCUUAGUCAUGCUGGCCACAUGACCCGGAAGCUGUACGCCGGCUCCCUCGGCCAAUAAAGUGAGAUGAGCGCUGCAACCCCAGAGUCGGUCACGACUGGACCUAAUGGUCAGGGGUCCCUUUACCUUUUAUGGAGACUAAAGUGUGUGAAUGUAAAGAACAAGGAGAAAGAACUAAAUGUAGUUAAGAUGUACUUGCUCAUAAAAUGUCCAAACAUUUCCCCCCAAAUAGCACUUAUAUACUUUUGAAAAGGACUUGCACAUGAUCAGCUGCUCUGUCAACAGUGAGAAGACAUUGCUGGGUAAGCUCCUUCCUGUUGCUUUCUCAUUAAAGUUAUGUUCUGUACAGUGUUAGAAACUCAGAUAUAUAAGCUAUGUGACAAAUGGCACCUAAAAUCUAGGUUGCAAUCACCACAAUGGAAUAUCUAUUUGCCAGGGGGUUGUAGUAGAUUACCCUCAGGAUCCCUUCCAACGCUACAGUUCUAUGAUCUCAACUGCAUUGCUUGGUCUUACAACAAUUCACUUGCCCCAGUAUGCAAGGAAGAGAAACACACACAGUGGAAAUGGAAAUGGUAUUAACUAUGAACUGAGGGAGAGGUUUUUAAACUGUGGUCGCCAACUUGGCCCCAGAAAUCUUCACAUAGUUGCAGUUGGACCCACGGCAGUAGCAAAAAGCGCCUGGCUAAUUUCUAAGACUGGUUCUGUAUGAAGACUCCUUGUAUCUUGUUAACUUGUAGCAUUAAUCCUUCAAGUGUUGCAGUAUAAUGCUAAGUUAUGCCAUUUUUAAUGCAGGCUUUGGCAUGUUAGCAUGCAGUGUGGUGAGGGAGUGGGCCUGUGGGUUUCACAUUUGUACACUUAAGCAUCGUUUAGUGCAACAUGCAUGAGCAGGAAGGAAUCUUGGGCUCCUCUUCUCCCCUUGCUCCUCCAAGCCCAGGAGGAGGAGGAGUUUGGAAACAUGUUGUCAAGGCUGCCUCAAGUCUCAGCUCACAAAAGACCAACGCCUAUGUCUUCUUAUAUACAAAGGUGUUUAUUGCAGUUCAUUGUUUGCUUGACAUCCUAGGCGCGCAGCCUUACGUCUGUUACGCUUAGACCGCUGAAGUCCCCUCUGAAUCCGUCCCUCCCCUGCACCAAUUUAAGAGGCUUGCGCUGCUCCACCUCUUUCUCUCCUUCCUUUUCCGCAGGGUCCUUCUGCCCGCUGGGGUUUCGCCCCUCCUGGAUUCCUCUGACGCGGAAUCAGACUGCUCUUCCCCCCUCCUGCGGGCUUUGGGACCUGGCCCCUCCUCCGGGCUCCCUGUACUUCCGCGCGCCAAACCUCUAACUUUCCUUUUGACAGUUACACUACUCCCUUCACUGCUCCCCUCCCCUUCCGGGAGGGCGGCUUGCUCUGACCUCCCUCCUUUCUCUGCUGCCGGAGCCGCUUCCCCUGACACACUGGAAACUCCACCCCCUUCGCUGCACUCUGGUGGGGAGGCUGGUCCUGACCCCCAGCUGCCACUUUGGGAUCCUCCGCUGGCCCCCUGCUCCUGACACGUCCCCCCUGGGGCUCCCCUGGCCUUGACCACCGGCGCCCCUUCUGGGAAUCCUCUGAUUCGCUGGAAAGACUCAUAGAAUCUCUUGAGUCAUUGUCAUCCUCUUCCUCGCUGGCUUGGAAUUCAUCCCCAUCGCUCUCCAUCUCCUGCCUACCCUGUGCCUCUCUCCCUGAACCCCUGACACAUGUGGUUCCACAUUUGUUUAUCUGCAGAUAGUUACACUGGCCAGUUCAAUCAAGCCAACUUCAAACCACGUUAUUGGAGUUGGCUUGUUUAAAAUAAACGUAGUUAGAAUUAAGCACAGUUAUGGUCUGGCUAACACAGAAUACUGUCAUUAAUCAGAAGCAGAAAUCAAAGCUUCUGAAUUGCUCCUAGUCUUGCAGGAGGAGGAGGAGGAGGAGGAGGGGGAAGUACGAAAUUCCAAGGUUUGCCUUAUCUUGUUCCUUCUCAUGCCCAUGAUGCUAAAUUAUGGUUUUAGUAUGAUGUGCACACAUGAGUAUUCGUUUUUAAAUAUGAGCUAACCACAAUACGUUUUUAUUAUAGCAUUGCUUUAAAGUAAUAUAAACAUAGUAGUAAUACAAUUGCGUUAGACAGGCCACAUUCAUUCCCUAGGACUGAGGAUCCCCACCACUGUAGCAAUGUCCCUUGAAAGUCUUGUUAAUUUCCCUCAAACAAAAAUUGUGGGAAUUCAAUAUAUGACGCUUACAAUUUCUAUAUAUUUGUUGUUAUUAGCGGUCAGUUUUCUCCAGUCAACAACAGAAGAAAGAGCAAAUCUCUUGUUUCCCCCAGGUACUUAAAACAUUUGAUACACCUUUAAAUGGAUGUUGGAUAUAAUUUACAAACAGCAGACCGAUUUAUGUUACUUCUGCUUUUAUCCUAGUGUCUAAAUGUCUGACCUUGCUGAUUGAAAUUCACCCAGUAAAUAAUGUGAAAGUUUUAAAGGCUGUGGAUAGCUGGAUCAGAGUGCAGGUAAGUCAUAUUUGCAAACUUUUCAUGAUUAGGUGUGUAGUAACAGCCGUUAGGUUUGUUUUCUGUGCCAAAGUGACAUAAAGCCUGCUUUCUAUCUUAAAUAGAAUUUAACAAUAACAAUACCAUUCUCUCAAUUAGACUAUGCAGUACACCAUUAGCCAGCUAUCUCGCCUCAAUACAGCAAGCCUGUUAUCUUUGAACAAUUUCCUUUUACAGUUUGUUUAUCCAGUUGCAGACACAUUUGCUUCUCCAGCAAGCUACCUGUUGCUCAUUUCAGAAGAUAAAUGUAAGUACUUAAAUUUAAAAAGCAUUUUGAUAAAAUGUACAUUUUGAUUGUAGGUUGGUAGGGUGUUCUGCAGUGUCUUGUCUUUUCCUGCUUUGGAGACAAUAUGGUUGUAAGGUCCAUUUCUCUUUUUAAAUCCUGCUUUAGGAAGUGUUGGGAGAAGAAAAAGAUCUAAGCCUGAGUGGCAUUCAUGGGUGGCAUUCAAUUUUAGAAAACCAUCUCUGAUUAAAUGCUGGCGGCAGGGGGAAGGUCUCUUAAAAUGACCUUGUGGUUGUGAAAAUGCAUUGUUCUGUUCUUUCCAGAACCUCCUGGGUUCUUUGAAAAAGCUUUAAGUUUUAUAGAUGAACUGUGGGAAUGGUUUCACGCAGACCUAGAACCACAAGAAAGAACUCUGUGUGGCUGGAUGUUCAACCCUGUGUGUGCUAAUGAUCAACCCGACAAUUUGCCCUUAUUUGUAAAAAAAAUGUUGUUGUGUCCCAUUUGCAAAUUGCCAGGUUGAACAUUAGCACCAGCACACAGAGUCUUAGAAUGUGGCAUUCAGGAUGCCAUCCUAUGCCCAUCUUCCUGGGAGUACCAUAGAACUUAAGUCUUAGUAAAUAAGCAGAGGAUCGCACACUAAAUCUGUACUAGUAUGCUUUCAGAAACUCAAUAUUGCACCAGCAUUGUGUUAUUAUUCAACAGUCAUGUGCAGAUAUGCGGGCACAAAUGUGCUCAUCAUUUAGAAGCAAAAUAUCCAUUGAAUUGUUUGAUGGUCUGUGUGUCUGUACUACAUAAAUAGUCACAAAAUGACAUUGUUUUUCAAUUUUAAGAUAUUGAAAAAAUCGACAUCAAAGUUGUCAGAGAAGGAGACAGUGUGGUAAGAAGCUUAACCCACUCCCCUUUAAUUCUUUUGUUCAAGUGGAAUUGGUUGGGUUGAUAUUUGUAUGGACUGUCGUUGUGUAAUAUAGAUAAGGUCAGCAACUAGAUGGCCAAAUUCAGCCCCCAGCUGGAGUACAAGUUGGCAAGAUCUUGCCAUUAAUCUAGUUUGGUGACUCAUAGUCUUGGCCAGGGGUCAGCAACCCGCGGCUCCGGAGCCGCAUGUGGCUCUUUUACACCUUUGCCGCAGCUCCAGGGCGGAUACUAGCCAGGGGAGGAGGCGCAUUGUGCGCCCUGACACUCCCCACUGUGGCAGGCGCUGUACUGGCUGUGACGUCGCAUGGGGGCGGUGUGCGUUAGUCACGCACCGUCCCGACGUCACCUCGCCCGCCCGCCCGCUGCAUUGUACGUUGGUACAUGUACGCUGGUCACUGCAUUGAAAGGGGGCAUGUACGCUGGUCACUGUUUUGAAGGGGAGUGAAGAACACACACACACAAAAAGGUAACUUGUUAAUUUAACGUUUAUUUCUAUGAGGAGAAGUAAUUCUGAGGGGUCAAACAAAGAAAUAAUAAAAAAGUGACAAAAAGUUAUUUUUAUAAUGACGAGUUUUGCGGCUCCCAGUUUUUUUUUCUUUGGAAACGGGUCCAAGUGACUCUUUUUGUCUUAAAGGUUGCAGACCCCUGGUCUUGGCUGUCCUCCUAAACUAGCUGCAGGAUUAUUCAGGUCAGGUGUUUUUCUACAUGCUGGGGAUGGUCAGAAAGAAACAUUACCUGCAUUCUUAUCUAAACUGCACAUGUUGAGUUUCUGGGAGUGUUACCUGAACAGGUCUCUAGUUACUGCAGUGUAUUUGAUUUGACACACAUUGUUUCACUUUUUUCCUGAUUAAUGCUGAUUUUCUGUCCCUUCUAGAUGAUAGAAAAUGCAAGCCAGCUUUCAAGACAAAGAAUUGUUGACGAUAUCUUUUGGGCCCAGUGGGAUAUGCUGGAGCAAACAUUAUUUUACAUUGCCUCAAAGGUUGAAAAUAUGCAAUAUUUUGUUGCUUUGGUUACGCACUUGCAUGCUAUUUAUUCAGUGAAAAUGUUACAUUUUAAAAUAGUAGCAGGGUUUCUUAUAAUAAGGGAGAUAGAAAUGUGUUUUGAAAUAUACCUCGAAAUUAGACUUUCAUGCCAUCUGCCAUUUAUGCCCUGGUACUUAAUUGAGUAGGGGGAGGGGAAAUGUGAUUACCUACUGGAGACGGAACGGGAUCCUGUAUUACUGAGUUGAAUAUUGUGAAUCUAGUAGUGAGAAUGGAUUCUUGAGUGACUAAGUGUUGAUUUUGCGAAAUUCAGCGGAAGCUUCUCCGCUAUGUGUCUACAGUUCCAUGUUCAUCUCUGGGGUGAACACGAGCAGAGUCUUCAGCCAUGGAAUGAAUUGCAUUUUAUACCAGAAGGUAUUAGCAAUCAAAAGACUGCAGGCCAAAGCUUAGAACAAUUGAUUACGAAAGAGAGUGAUUAAUAUUCAGUUUGUGAUGAAAGUAAAAGAUUGGUUACAGUGGCAGCAUUCACAUUGGAUUGGCAGCUAUGGGGUGAAAUCUACAAAGUGGUAGAGGCUGGAUGGAUUCAAUGCCAAGAGUUCUAGGGAGAGGGCAGCAGGACCCAGCGAGACAUAUGUGGCUGAAUCAGAUUAGGGUGGAAAGUUGGGCUAUAAACAGCUCUUUCUACCAGCAUCUGUGGCUUGAUAGAGGAAUUGGAGAAGCAAAGAGCAGAAACAAGGUAUGAAAGAGGAAGCUGGAGGGCAGAGAGUAUCUCUCUUACAGCAAAGGCAGGGGGGAAGAAGUUUUCUUCUUUAGGGGACAAUAACUAUAAAGCCCUUUAGGUCUGUGAUGGGGAAGUGAGGACUAGCAGAGUCCCACAGGUCUCCAAAGCCUGGUGUUAUACACGGCUUCUGCAGCUGAAGGCAGUACUACUUCUGAAUACUAGUUGCUGGAAACUGCAGCAAGCUUGGAUCCUGUUUGCGGGUUUCCAGCAGGCAUCUGGUUGGCUACGGUGGGAAAAGGAUUCGGGGCCAGAUGAGCCAUUGGCUUGAUCCAGAAGGCUCUUCUUAUGUUCUUAGAGGAUUGUAACGUGAGACAACAGGUUGUGCUUUUCUCUGGUCUUUAAUUAAAUUGAAUACAAAACGAUAAAAAGAUGGAGUGGGGGAGAGCACUGGGAAAGGAGGCAGGGAGAAGAGCCAUGCUGACUUGGGGUGGAGUGAUCCCAUGAAGACUGAUGUUUUUGGGGAAAGAACCUCCCUGCGGGAGAGAAUAAUACUCAUGGAAUUGUAGAGUUGUAAGGCAAUGUAGGAGUUGCAGCUAAAGCAUCCAUGACAGAUGGUCAUCCAGCCUCGGCUUAAAGACCUUCCCAUGAAGGAGAGUCCACAACCUCCUGAGGGAGACUGUUCUACUGUCGAACAACUCUUACUGUCAGAAAGUUCUUCCUGGGAGGUUUAUACUAAAUGAAGAGUGAGGAAAUACUAGAUUCAUUAGAUAAGAUAUUCACGUUUCCAGCCACAGUGCAGAGGUAUGUGGUGUACAGGCAGAUUGCAGUGUGCAUAUAUUUGCAUUGGGUCAUGUCAGAGCGUGCUGAUCUGCCAUGGGCACAGAGCUUCUUCUACCAGGGCUUUGAGUAGGUCCAAUCAUGAUGUGGGUUGGAGGUCAAGUAGAAAGAGAGGCACUUGUAUGUUCUGGAAGUCUCAUACUGGUGUGUGUGGGUGUGUGUUGAAUAUAUACACAUUGACAUACACACAUGGAAAAUUGCCAGCAAGAGUCCACUAUUGAUCUAAACUGAGAAUACCCAGUACAAGCUUCAAGUUCAACUUCUCUCUGAGUGCCUAAUGUAUCUGCAUAUUAGCACUUGAAAGGCAUCAGGGAGAUUUCUAACUUAAGGCGCUAUGGCCAAGCUUAAAAUGACAGUGAGUCGGAGUUCCUUGGUAGCAAGCCUGUAAAAAUGUCAUUUUCCUGAAAGUAGAAAAAUACUAGCACCAGAAGUGUACCCAGGUGUGCAGAUUAGGGUGCCCUUCUGUCACAGCCUGGCAUCUUUCCCCCCCAAAUAAUUCAGAACUGCUGAUCUAGCUAUGAGGCCACAUUUCAUAAGGACUUGCAGGAGAGGUAUACUUUUGUGGUGGUUUUUGCUGCUGUUGUUAAUAGAGUUCCUAGUACCAACUGUUAAAAACUGUACUUAACCCUACUGCAAUGUUGUUGCAAAUUGUAGACUGUACCGUAUUUUUCGCCCUAUAGGACGAACUUUUUCCCCUCCAAAAAUGAAGGGGAAAUCUGUGUGCGUCCUAUGGGGCGAAUACAGGCUUUCGCUGAAGCUUGGAGAGCGAGAGGGGUCGGUGCGCACCGACCCCUCUCGCUCUCCAAGCUUCAGGAAGCUAUCAGCAAGCCUGGGGAGCCCUGCGGGAGUUCCCGCAGGGCUCCCCACGCUGCGGAUAGCAGCCUGCUGCCCGGCGCGCAGAGCGCGCUGAAGCAGAGCGCCCCGUGCUUCCGGCAGAAUUCGGCCAGCCCCACAAGCUCAGGGGACAGCGGGGAGGCGCAGCGCUGCCAUCCCGCUGUUCCCCGACCUGGUUUUGCGGGGGAAUAAAGGAAAACAUUUUUUCCUUUAUUUCCCCCCCCAAAAAGCUAGGUGCGUCCUAUGGGACGGAGCGUCCUAUGGAACGAAAAACACGGUAAUUUAAAACUAAAACACACACACACAGCUACUCUGAGUUUUCAAGAGCCUCUCUGAACUGAGAAUAGUGUUUGCAGUUUUUCUAACAUGUCUGUGCCAAAAGGCAAUGGGAAGCAGCUUGACACCCACAAAAGGUUUCCUCUUAUGAAACUGCAAACAAUGUUUUAUGGUAAGCAAAACCAUAAGUAUUUACAGACAGAAGGUAGACAGUCUGGGGGAGGCAGGAAGGAAGUAUCAAAGCUCUGUUGUGGUGAAUUUUUUGUACUUUCUUUCUGAAUUGCUUCAGGGCACAUAUGUUCAAAGAAGGGUCAUAUAUUUUAAGGAUGGAGAGCUUUUAAGGGCAGAAUUAGAUGUUACAAGGUCAGACACAGCUCUCAUGCUUUUUCUUCUUCUCUCACAAAUUGGACUCUAAAGCUAGCAGUGAGCCUGGCUGUACGGAGAUGCAUUAGGGGGAUACUAUGGGUUCAAGAGCAGAGGACAGAAUUAUUCUCCUCAUGCAUGUAUUCCCAUUGACUUAGCCAGCAUGAGCAUGCUUUGCCAAGAUAAUGUCCAGUUCUUCCCCAGUGGUUUAAAUGUAUGCCAAUAAAGUUUCUCUUUGUUGUAGGAAUCAAGGGACACACUAUACUGCAUCCAGUUUUAUCCUGAUAAAAACUUUAAACUAAUAGUAAGUUCUAUUAAGCUUUUAUUUGUUCAUUUCAAAAUACAAACAUUCUGUUGAUCUAGACUGCAAUCGUAGCCUUAUGGUGGCACUGUGGCUUAAACCACAGAGCCUAGGAUUUGCUGAUCAGAAGGUCGGCGGUUCAAAUCCCUGCGACUGGGUGAGCUCCCGUUGCUCGGUCCCUGCUCCUGCCAACCUAGCAGUUCGAAAGCACGUCAAAGUGCAAGUAGAUAAAUAGGUACUGCUCCGGCGGGAAGGUAAACAGCGUUUCCAUGCGCUGCUCUGGUUCGCCAGAAAUGGCUUAAUCAUGCAGGCCACAUGACCCGGAAGCUGUAUGCCGGCUCCCUCAGCCAGUAAAGCGAGAUGAGCACCGCAACCCCAGAGUCGGCCACGACUGGACCUAAUGGUCAGGGGUCCCUUUACCCUUUACCUUAAAGCCCAUUAAAUUCAGUAGGACUUACUCCUGAAUAGACAUGGUUAGGAUUGUGCUGUUUAAAUAGUCCACAAAAGGCCUCCAUUCUAUGAAAAGUUCAUCAUUUUGAUCUCUUAAUUUCGCUGUCAGCUUUGCCAUUUCUCCAGAGUCCAUUACUUAGUGCCUUUCUGUUUUCCAACAGCUUGAAACACCUUUGGAUAUCAACUUGGAUGACAUAGGAUUAAAGUGAGUUUGGGUGGAGUGCAUUCUAGCUGUUUUCCUCAGAGCUAUUUAGAAUUGAAUUAAGCAACAUCUCAGCUUCGUGUGCUGCUACACAUACAUCUCCCCACUCCAAACCAGUUGUAAAAUCAUUUCCUGUCAGGAGGUGUUGCCGUUGGGAAGGCGAAUUCUAGAGGAGACCAUUUGUGAGUGCUCUUUUAGCGCUGUAGUGGCGCACUAUUCAAUGUAGAUAGUGAUUGCAGAUUCUUUUCUGCAUCUUGAUAUCCCAUGUAUAUUUAUGAAUUGGUUUUCUGUUUGGCAAGCCUAAAAGCAGUCAGUGAUUGUUCCGUGCUUCCCUCAAUGCAGCAACAACUUAGUUCUUUUCGAAUUUUUCUGCAUAUAUACAAAGAUGCAAGAACUGAUGAAGAUGACUCCAUUUCCUGAAGGUUCAAUUCAGACAUAACGGUGUCAUUAUGAGGAAGAGUCCAAGCAAAGCACUGAGUUCAUAUGCUUAAUAAAACACAACAAGCUAUGCCUUGUGCAAACAAUGGCUUGCCAGCCAAUCAGGUUUCCAGACAAUUAUGGAACUGUAUUUGGAAUCCUAGUGUAAUGGUAAACUGUGGUUUGCACAAGCCAUAGCCUGUCACAUUCAGACAAAGCAGCAAACUAUGGUUUGCUGCAGACUAGAAGCAGAAGCUUCCAGUCUCCUAUUGUGUACCAAGGGGAAGAAGACUCCCUGCAGCUUAGUCUCAUAAUGACAAAUUUGUCUGAGGGCUGCCAGUGUCUAACUUAAGCUGCAGAUUGAUCUUGGCAAGGCUUCAAAGAUGUCACUAUUUUGAGUAAAGAAGCAAAUUCAUAUUUCUGUUCCUAGAUCUGUGAAUUUGGAUUUUAACUGUUCUCAAGACCAAGAGAUGAUAUCUAAACCUUUGAAUAUUCAAGUUUUUACCAGUGAAACAGGUAAUGUAUACAUGAGACACAGACUUGUGAACCUAAUUUACCCAAACCUUUUAGUUUUACUUGCAGCUUAAUUCUUUCUUAUCUUUCACCAUCAUACAGUAAACUUAUCCCCUUUAGGUAUUUAUUGUAGUUGGAUACAAAUGCCAGAAAACGUCAUGCAGGAACCUAGCAUUUGUUGUGAGAAACAUGCCUAUUUAAAUUACUGUUCUUCUCUACUUAAGUUGGGACACACACUGUUCUCUAUCACUCCUUCCAUGAAACUUGCUGAGAAGAGCAUGUCUGCAUCACAAAUCAUGUAAGGCACAAAUGAUAUAUUCACAUCAGUACCUGAGCUCAAGAGUGGUGUAAUGAAACAGCUCUUGCAUUUCAAAGUAAUAUAUUAUGUGUACGUUACUGAUCUGCUUUUUUAUUUCUUUUGGUAACAUGAAGGGUGUUUGAUGAUUACUGUGCCUUGAUACAGACAUGAAAAGCAAACCUUUUUUCAGAGGUGUAAUCAUCCUGUCUCUCAAUUGAAUUCAUUCCACUUCUACUACUAGCAGAAAAUUUUACUAGAACUCCCAAAAUGUAAUACCAGUACUUCAGGUUUAAGGAUGAACUUGUUUGAUGACAUACCACAUUAUUAUAUAAUAAAUGAGCAUAUAUGUCUUAGAUCUUUGAGCCACAAUUAUUCAACAUGCAUAAAGGGUUUUUUUAGGAAGCUCCUCUGAUAUUCACACCUUAAGUGCACAAUAUCAGAUGUAUUUGCCCUCUGAGGUGUGUGAGAGAUGACCACAACACAUUUUGGCAGUACAGUCAUACCGCGGGUUGCGAACGUGAUCCGUGUAGGAGGCAUGUUUGCAACCCGCAGCGUUCACAGCCUGAAGCACCGUGUCUGUGCACGUGCGUGGCGCAAUUUGGCGCUUCUGUCCAUGCACAUGGUGUCAUUUUGUGUUUCUACACAUGUGCGAGCGCCAAAACCCAGAAGUAACCCGUUCCAGUACUUCCAGGUUCAGCACAGUCCGCAACCCACAGUGUUCGUAACCCGAGAUAUGACUGUACAGGAAGAUAACGUGUGUUCUGCAUCUGAACUCUUCUUCCAUAGUGGGUAGGCUGGAAAAACUGAAAUGAAAUAUCCUCUGCAGCUUCCAGUAUAAUACAGCUGCAAGUGACUUAAGUACCGUAUUUUUCCAUGUAUAAGACUAGGUUUUUUUCCCUAAACUAGGGGGCACCUUAUACAUGGGGGCGUCUUGUAGACGGAAAAGUACGGUAUUUAACAAGUUGCUUUUUUCAGGGAGUCUGAGAGAAGGGACAGCUGUUCCUCCCAGGAAGCUUGAAUGUUACUAGAGCAAACAACAAAAUGCGUAGUUCAGAGAGGAAAGGUUAGAGCUACCAUGUUUUUGAGCACAAGGGGUCAAACUGUUUGAGAUGUGUUUGAGAUUUCCUUCCUUCAGCUUCUAGGACUGAAAGAGUUUGGGGAACUGAAGAAAUGGAUCUAGGCCAAGUACCAUUCUGUUUCCUUUUAAGUCUGCAAAGGAAAAGUCAUUGAUAUUGUUAACUAAACCACCACAGGGAGAUGACUCACAGAUAUGCAUGUAGCCAUGGAAGUAUCAUUCCUCACUGGGCUUUAAUCACUUCAUUUUUCUAAUAUUAAAGUGGACAUUUUAUAGUUGCAAUUUUGUGUGGAACACACUUUCUUCUUCUUUUUUCUAGGAUGCCUCUGCAUAUGCUGUAACCUGGUUCCUGCUAGUCCUGAAGAAGUAACAUACUCCGUGUCCUUUUUACAUAAAGGUAUGUUAAUAGGGCACUCCUGUGCAUGUCUACUUAGAAGUAAGCCCAACUGAGUUCAGUGAGGCUUCUCCAGGUAUGUGUGGAUAGGAUGGCAGCCUAAUGCAUCUUGUCCAAACUUUGCUAUUCUAGACUUUGUAUUCUAGAAGGCCUAGAAAACUUUGUAUUCUAGAAGGCCUCAUUCUGUUACAGGAUUUGUAUUUAUCUUAAUCUCUGUCCCCUCAAUCCUCCUUACCCCUUUGACACUUGCUUUUGUUUCAUAUCCAAAUUUUCAAAAGCAAAUACGUCUAAUUUCAAUUAUUUAAUUUUGUAAAGAAUAAAGUAGAUAGUGAAAGCACCAAAAGGAAAGAACUAUUUAAUAAAACUGUAUGGAAAAUAUCUUCUUGAAUUCAUUGUUUUUGUUGAUGUAAAAUACAAGAAUUCAAAAGUACUCUCUGCCCAUCAUAGAAUUACAAAUGUAUGUGAUCUGCCCAUCAUAGAAUUUUGCAUUGUCAACACAAUCUAAGCUGUAUUUCUACAACAUUAAUAUUAUGGUUUGCAAGAGGACUUUGGAAUUUGCCUGCUUGAAAUUUAUUGUACUUAUUUAUUUAAACAAAGCUUUUUGGGGUUUUGCUUAGUAAAUUUAUUCAAGGCCUGCUCUUGGCUUCCUUGAUUCAUAAAUGGGAACCACAUUCCCCCAGACACGAUUACCUGAAUAUCUGCACUUCAGUGAAUAAACCAGAGGAUUUUAUCCAGUGCUGCACAAAUGGAGUCUUGUUUGCGCAACAGAACUUCCCUUCUUUGCCUCUGCGUUUGUGCUCCCAGUAUCUCCUCUCAAGGGUCCCUCAACCCUCAGGAACAGAUUUUGAGGGUGCGAGGGAGAGGGGUUGCAGGCGAGAGGAGUUUUUGUGCAAGCAGAACAGCAACACCGGACACAACCCAAGAAGACUCAAUUAAUAAUAAUUUGCAGCUCAAAAUUGAACUUUGUGAUGCAAGCGGAAGCAGAAGAGUUGGUUCUGUAAUGUUACACCCACUUAUCUGAGAGAAACGACCAGGGAAUUCAGUAGGCCUCAUUUCUUAGUAGAUAUACAUAGGCUCCAAAGCAUUUAAUCCACAACUUCCUCCGAGGCAGAUUUCUGAUGUUUAAGAAGCUUCUAGCAAAGGGGUGGGUAACCUUUCAGGCUGUAGGGUUGUAUCCACACCAUCACUGAACUCUCCCAUUGGCCAUGCAUGGGAAGCAGAUCACUUCCUCCUCAUAUGGUGGUCUAGACCUUGUGUAUCAGCCCAUCCUGUGUUCAGGAGUAACCUCUGCUAUGAGGUGAGGCAGUGGUUUCUUUCUAAUGCUGAAUUAAGAAAUUUUGGAGCUCUGGUACAGUUCAAACUAGGACGUCCCUCCCUUCCUAAAGGUACACAUGAAAUCAAGUACCACAACAACAACAAGGACUUUAUUUGCGUAGCCAACAGGCCAUAGCAUCAAAGGACAAACACCGACAAAAAUACAUUACAAAUAUAGUUACCGUAUAAUCUUAUGACCUAUUAAAACCCUAGGUAGAAGCUGGAUUAUCAUUCAUCAAUGACCCCCUGUCCCAUGGGCAGCGGCCUUUUCUCUGGUAGAUUGUUCCAGGUCGGUUAAGUAAAUAGACCAGCCAAAUUGAAAGAUUAUAAAUAUAAAUAUAACCUCGGAGGGAUGGUCAGGACAGGGAGAAAGAUAAUAAUAACCAGAUGCAGAUAAGUUAAUAAUCUCAGUACUUAAAACUUGGCAGAGAUAAUAAAAUACUAAUAAUAAAACAUAAUGAUAAUAAUGAUAAGAUCCUAGACGAGGAAUCCGGGUGACGACACUGAUGUCAUUCAGAUGGCAGCUCUCAAUCUCAUUGCUCUCUCGAUAAAUUUAGCAACCUUCUCUGUUGUCGAGCUGUUCUGGUCGGCUAGGAGUGAGAACAAUUUGGCUUCACAAGAGCGGCCCAGGAUGGCAGAUAGGAGCGGCGUGUUGGUCUCGUCCCUCAAGUACCACAAAGGAAGCCUUGUGGUUUCUUAAAGAAUAGCAAAUUGAUCAUGGCAUAAGUUUUCAUGGACCAGAAGAAAUACUCCUGAGCAUGUGCAGAUGGGGCAAUAGAGUUAGGCUCUCACAUGUCAAGUUUGUUGAAUUACACCCUUCUUCCACCACAGCACGCAGAGGUGUGCAUGUUCACACAGAGAGAGGCAUAUGUGCGACAUUGGGAACGGCAGAGAUGCAAAUGAAUGACAAUUUCAAAUUUAAGGUGGAAACCUAGCUGAGGUGGAACUUUCCAAUUUCUAUUUUUCUAUUAUUUGUUCAGGAAUAGUUGUAUAAAACUGACUUUGUGUCUGUGGUAUACAAAAACACGCCCCCUCUUAAUCCUUUGCAGGUUAUAGUAAAAUAUACACUAUUACUCUGGAAAGAGGGGAUUCCUCAGAAGUGAAAGAUCUUACUUUUUUAAAUCUUGGUAAGUUUCUAACUUCCUCUUUCUCCUUCAGUACUUCCCUUGAUUACAUACAAUUAUGAUCAAAAAUCCUUAAGUGGUUUUUUUAUUGUGAAAAGUGGAAAUGUACAUAUUUUCCUUCCUUUGUCUUACAUGAGUCUAUUAUGCUUUCCCAAGAUGAUUGCUAAAUAAGCAAAUCUUUCUGUAUUGACCUUCAUUUCGUUUGGCAUUAGCAAGUAGCUUUAGUUGUCUACGGUCAUGAGACCAUAGCAUGCUUUUUGGGGGAAAUGAGAAUAACCAGGCUGCUUAUUUCCUGUGGCACGGCAUGCAUAAAUCUUGCUGUCUUGUGUAUUGUGCCUCUGAGACACAGGAGUGGUUUUUGCUGGCAAAGGAAACUAGGCUGGGAGUCAUGUAGUUGGCACACAUACAGGAUACAAGUAUUCUGGUUUUAAUGAGAUUAAACAUACAUAGAAUAUUGUUACAAAAGUUGGGUGCCUCUUUCUGCUGAGCAGCGGCAAGAGCCCAUGGGGUCUAUGGUCCUUUGGAGAAUUGAGACAUGGCAGAGGCUGUUGUAGCUUUAAAAAAUAUACAGUGGUACCUCUGGAUACGCACACCCCUGGUUGCGUAUCCUUCAGGAUGCGAAUGCAGCAAACCCGGAAGUAUUUUUCUGGGUUUCGCUGUGCGCACAUGCACAGAACAGGCGCCUCUGGUUGCGAAUUCCUCCGGAACGGAUCCUGUGCACAACUGGAGGUACCACUGUAGUUUAUUCACCUAUUUACAUGUUCAGGCUGCGUGGUUAUUUCAAGAGGGGCUUGUAUUAUUAUUAUUAUUAUUAUUAUUAUUAUUAUUAUUAUUAAAUUUGUAUACAACCCUAUACCUGCAGCAGUGCAGUCAUCUUUCAGCCAGCCUGCCCAAGAUGGCUGCUUUCUUCCUGCUUCUUAUUCCCAGAACCCCUUGCUACUAGACACACAGUUACUCAGGCAACCUUCCAUACCCCUGUCUCUGUUCACACCUGAAGGUGGGGAAAGCAGUUCUCUUGCAUUGCCAAUGGCCCUCAAUGGCCUUUCAUUGUUUCUUAAUGGCCCUAGCUUGACCAGGUCGUUUUGCAUAGGCUAGCCCAGGAAUUCCUCUGCAGCUUGUAUUCUCCCUGCAGAUCCCAAAUAAUCAAAAUCCUACCAUUUAUUAAUUUCUAGGGUUUAGGGGGUCCCCCCUCCAAAUCUAUAACAAUAUUUUGAAUACAAUAGUUCUGAAUAACUCAUCUCUCAAAUAAGCCUGAGCUGUAAGGAUAAUUAAGUGCUCAAAAUUAACAAUUCUCUCCUGUUUCCCCCCCCCAAAAAAAACGUCUGUAUGUUUGGUUGUUGUGAAAACAACUACAGACUAUUAUGUGGCUGUCUACUUACCUGGACACUUCCUGCAUCUUCUCAACACUCGGCAUCCUGACUUGAUGUGCUAUAACUUCUUUCUAACAGGUACAGUGGAUUCUUUAACAAUUAGUUCUGCAGCAGCUUCUCUCAAUAGAAAGUCCUUCUGUGUCCUUCAGGUGCCUCUACAGAAAUGAAACCCACGUGGACAAUGCAAAAUAGAAAGAACAAUGAACUUUAGAAAAAUUUCAAAGCAAAGCCUCAGGCUCUCUAGCCAGUGUGUACUGUUGUGCUCUUUCCCAGUUUUCUGCACUGGCUCUUUAAUGAUGAAAUUUCGGCAAAUUGGCAAAGAUGCCAUUUACACCACUAUGUACUCAGUGCACAGACAGAUCAUGCCCUGAGGGCAUCUUCCACCAGCAUAUUUUCACCACAUAUGCCUUGGAGAUAAUGGGUGUUUGCACAGGAGAACAUCAUGCACUGUGCGCUCUUGCGCAGGCCCCAUUAAUUUCAAAAAGGGGUUUGUAUGAGAACUACUGAGCUUGACCUUGCAAUAAUUUGAAAGCAGUGUCUGGGCACAAAUUGCUGAAAUGUCCAUGAAAAUUUAAACGUAUGGCAAACCCAUGUUGGAUUUUGGCAAAUUUCCAAAACAACGACAACAAAAAACUCAACAAUUUUGGCUAAGUUUCACUUUUUGAAAUAAGGCAACCCUAGCUUAUUCCCAGAUAAAAUUGUGUCUAGAAUUGCAGCCUCAUUGUUUUAUCUUCUCAUUUUUACUGCAUGCUUGCAUGGUUCUAGUUUUCUUUUACUUGCUCCCACCCACCAAAUACAAAACAAAAACAGGAAUGUGAUCCUACCUUUUCCUCUUCCAACUGUGAGACAAGCUAGGCAGUUUAUGUGGGAUAUUUCCCCCCACUUUGAAAACAUGAUCCCAUAGGAAGGUUUGAAUGGGUUUAUGACGAGACGGGAGCUUUAAGUUUCUCUCUCCAUGUUGACAUCCUGACAAAAAUUACCUCUCCCACCCCCCACAAAACUGCUGUACCCCCUGAGGGGGGCUGUAUUUGGGGGUUCUAUGUCAGGUUUUAAAUCCUUUUUCAUUUGUUAUUUGCUUGCCUGGACUUCUCCGUGAGUAAGAGUGGGAUAUCAAUUUAAGAAAUAAAUAUGUAAUACCAAGCCAUAUAGGGACGCGGGUGGCGCUGUGGGUUAAACCACAAACCCUAGGACUUGCCGAUCAGAAGGUUGGCGGUUCGAAUCCCCGCGAUGGGGUGAGCUCCCGUUGCUCGGUCCCAGCUCCUGCCAACCUAGCAGUUCAAAAGUACGUCAAAGUGCAAGUAGAUAAAUAGGUACCACUCUGGCGGGAAGGUAAACGGCGUUUCCGUGCGCUGCUCUGGUUCGCCAGAAGCGGCUUAGUCAUGGUGGCCACAUGACUCGGAAGCUGUACGCCGGCUCCCUCGGCCAAUAAAGCGAGAUGAGCGCCGCAACCCCAGAGUCGGCCACGACUGGACCUAAUGGUCAGGGGCCCUUUACCUUUACCUUUACCUUUACCAAGCCAUAUAGUUGUUAGAUUGGGUGAUGUGGAUGAGCAUCCUCCAUUGCCCUCCCUUCAAAUCUGGUGAGCCCUUCAUUAGUUUAGUGUAAAUACUGUUCAUGUGUCAUGUGUCAUUGCUAGCUUUCUUGGAUCUCGUAGCACAGGAGCCACAACUUUCGAAAGCUCUUAGAAUAAAGGCAAACAUGUGAUGCAGGAGGUUCCUUUCCUGCCUUGAUUCAUGUUUUCAGUCUCCUAAAGGCAAAAGCAUUGCAGCCCUUCUAAGAAAUGCCACCAACCUUACUCACCUGAAAAGCACGCCGUAUAUACCAGACAUUAGUCAUACACUGAAGCAUGCAAAACGAAGGGUAAAAGUCACUGGUGUAUUAUAGGGCUUGUUCCUCAUGGAAAUUACACUGGGGCACGAGGGGAUUUGUAUAUUUCAGUGUGCUGUGUGAAAUGUAAACUACUUCUCCGCAACCCUGUGUUAUUCAGGUGGGAAUGCAAAAAUUAAUAGCUUGCACACGAACGCCCUCCUUUCCCCUCUCAAGUCGAUGGUCUUGGAUCGCGGCACAGGAAGCAUAUUUACCAUUGCAAUAAACAGGCAGGCCUUGCUGCAGUUUCUGUGGAACAGCAAGUCGGAUAACGACAGACUGGCAGCACUUCACUGUUUACUUCUGCAUAUUGGAAGCACUAAGGAAUUGGAAACCCAGGUGGGAAAAGGAUUCAUUUUUUUCAUGCAGCACAAAGGUGGAUGCCAUUUUGUGUGUAAAACAUAACAGCACAGUUCCUUUUAUUAAGCAAAUAGUUGCUAAAGCCAUGUGUCCCAAUAUUAGCAUUAAAAAUAUGCCGCAAUCUGAAAGCAGGAGCCCAAAUAUAUGUAGGAAUUUUAACGCAGCUCCUACAGAAGUUUAGCUUCGCAACGAGUUUCACUGGCUUGCCCUAAAGUAGGUCAGAACAAAGCCACAAUCUGGUUGGGAUGGGUACAGUGGUAGAGAGUUGGGGAAACUAGAAAAUGUUCCAGAGAUAAUCUGCACUCAUUGUAUAAAUUUGCAUGCAAAAAAUUAGACGACCGUAAGAUUCAGAUGAUUUGGGGAGACUUGAUGGCCAAUCAAAAUGGCAGGAGGAAGAAGCUUUGUUGCUUGUAGGUUAUUUGGAAGGUGGCAUGUGUUUAGUCUUGACUCAGGAAAGCAAAGCACAGAGAUUUAAAGUCCUUAUAUUUUUACUGUAAACCUUCACACCUCAAUCUGUGCUGACCAUUUUAUAUUCUUACUUUCACAGAUUAUCCAGUGGAUUAUAGAGAACGCAGCCACUUGUUUUACAUUUGACCCCAUACAGGAACUUCUCAUUGGUAGGUGUUUCUCGGACUGGCAUCAGACUGGAAGUAGUGUGGGGUCUGUACACAUGAGUUUGUUUGCCUAAAAAUUCAGAGGUCACGAAUCAUUGGAGGAGAAACCCAUUGGGAGGGGAAUUUAAGUCAGGCUGACUAGCCCAAGGUCACUCAGAGAACUUCAUGGCUGAGAGAGAAUUUGAACCAUGGUCUUCCAGGGGCUGGUCCAGCUAAUACACCGCACCUUCUGAGAAGCCCAAGGAAACCCAUGCCGAUUCUUCAUAUCUGAUAUAUUCUUUGAACUCCUGGUAUUUUUUGGAACACUUGCAGGAAAUACGUUGACUUGGAGGUCGCCAAAAGCCUUCAUUGAAAUGUUCUUUCAAUUUUCUCAGCUUCUUUGUACUGGAGAAUGUGUCUGAAGGACAGCAAACUGGAUAGUGUUUUACCAUAUACACCACUCCUGUACUGGAAUGAGGUAAGACAAAUGCAGAAUUGAAGAACUUACCCUUUCUCUUCAGCUAGGAUUUAAUUAAGAGUCUGUAAUCGCUCCUCUUUAAUAUGGCCCCAUAAUUGGAAACUGGGGGCGGUAUCAGGCUGCCACUGUUCCUGUGUGGGAUUCAGUCACAGACCAGCAAAUUUAGGUUGUGCAGUUACAGAGGAUGUGUUAUUCUUGCACAACAAACCCACGGCCAAAAUGGGACUUCCCAAAGUUACAGGAAAACGCACUGAAAAAUGUGGGGCAACAGUUGGUUGACACAAAGUUGUCUAACCUCCCUGCAGUUUUUUUGCAAACAAAUUGGGAUGAAUGCUUAAUAAGCAGGUUGUCUUGAAGCAACCUUGAGCACAGAAGAGAAGACUAUUACCCUUUUUUUCCAUAGCCUGCUAUCCAAGUCUGCAGGGGAAAUUGGUGCCACAUCCCUAGCCUAGAUUAAGAUCUUGUGUUCUUGUAUUUGUAGGAUAUCCCUGGAAUCGUAUGCAGAACACACAUUAUCUCACUACCUGUGUUAAAGGUAUGUCUGCAUAAGAGACACUUGCUAGCAGGAUAGUGAGUUGCAUGUUUGUGGUUUUCAGAAAUACUUACAUAGGUUUAUCUGUAUGUGUAAUUCAUCAUAUUUUACAAAAUUGCCACUAGGGGACACUAUUGUUCCACAUUGUUUUUCAACAGUUCUAUCAAAUACUGUUGCAUACUUGCUGCAAGAGGCAAUACCUGCAAACUCUGAGACUGAAUGGUGCACUAAAUGCCUUAAGCAUCUGGAUUUUGAAAUGAUUCCAACAUUUACUGUUUUUCAUAGAGUAAUAUCAGAAUUCCACACCCUCAUGGAUUUUAUAUGGCAGAUGUUUAAGCAGGAGCAGGCAGGAUUCAAGGACUAUUGUUUGACUUCAUAUUUCCUUCAGAAUCCAUGUGAAUGUUUCAUUCAACAUAAUCAUUUUAUGUUGUACUGAUGUGAAAACGUUGAGCAUGCGUUAAAAUUACAAGCAAGGUCACUGCCAAAUACUUCAACAUGCAACUAAAUUGUUGAAGUUAAUAUCUGAAGAUUUAGUAUAACCAAACCUACUCUCAAGAUUCCCCAUCUUCAGGAGAAAAAUGAUGGUUGCAUGUAUUUUGUUUCAGUGUAUAAACAUUUGAACUUAGCAGUUUUGAGGCUGUGCAACAGGUUAAUGUCUGGGUGAUGCAAAAUUUCUCUAUCACUCACUUUAAAGCUCUUUGCAUACCAAAGCUGGACUCUGCAUGUCUCAUUAUCUUCUUUUGCUUAACUUUUGUUUAUAGGAGGAAAUAACGUCUCUGCUCUCUCUCACUCUUAAGGUACAGAAGUGCAAAGGCUUCUGGGAAAAGCUAGGUUCAAGUUUGGAAUGCUCCAGGUGUUUUGACCCACACAUGUGUUUCAACAGCAAGCUGCUCAGGCUGGAACGGGAUAAACUGCUUUCAGAUGAGGUAAAUGGAUCUCAGUAAUGAAUAUUAUGGUUCAGACUUUCCAUUUUGUCACAGCCAAUUUAUCUGUAUACUGUGUUCCUCACAAGUACAUUGUGCUCAAAGUGGUUCAUAGGAUAUAUAGAGUAUAGUAACCACAAUUAUAAUACAUUACUAUAUAACAACCAGUGCAACAAUUGCAGUUGAUUUAAAAACAUAUGAGAAGAUUAAGUGAAUGUAAUAGGACGUACCAGUAGACCACAAAACAAUAUCCAAUAUCAAUGUUAUAAUCACAUUAAGCAGUUCAUUUAGUAGUUAAUAAUUCAAAGAUCUAACAGUAUGAUACCACAACCACAUCAAGCUAACAGAAAAAGAGGAUAAGAUAAAACAAAAUAGCCACAAGACACUUUAGAGAACUCAAAUGUGUAAGUGGAUUUGCAUGUUGAUUAAAUCACAUGACUUUUUUUAUGUGAAUUGCUUGUUGGCAGAAGUAGUUUUGUAAUAUAUGGUUGCUAUAUUAGAGAAAUAACACAUUUUUGCACACUCAUUCAUUUCUCUUUAACUAAAAAACACUGUUUAUUGGUAAUUGGUUCUGUGUUCAUGAAGAAAGGUUUGUCCUACAGUGAAGAAAUAACUGGGCCUUGCUGUGGAUUCACGCAUUCACUGGUAACUUUAAAUGCUCAUUUAGACAUCUCUUUGUCUAAUCCCAUUUCGGUACUUCUUUUAUCUUCCAUCCAGACGGGUGUGAGUCAGCCUGGGGUGACCAGUGUAGGCUAUGGAUUUUGUACACGUGGCUUCUCCUAGUCAGUGCAAGGGCUGGUUCAGGUGUAAUGAGCAACCGGUUUCCCAUUCUGUGAAUUAGCUUACAUGAAACUCAGGUUCAUGCAUUUCCCACUAUCCUACUGUUGUGAAGCCACAAGGAGAUUAGCUCUCAGUUGUGUCCUGACUUAGAGUACUGUGGGUGGUUAAACUGCAGUUUGUUAGAACAAGACAGAAUCAAAACAUUGUGUAACAUCCUUGCUUGUUCUGAGACAACGGUAUAAACAAGAAGAGAGGUGGGAAGUGGGAAGGCCAAGGCAGGCUUAUUCACAUAUCUGGAAACCAUGUUUUUUGUAAUCUCGGCCAGCUCAAAGAACAUUCUGGGGAGCAGAGGACCCACUUUUAUUCUGGGUCACAUCCACUGUAUUCUGGUUUUCUGGAACUUAACUGAGAACUUCUGAAGCUCUUGCUUGCACAGUUGGAGUACAUAAUUUGACAAUGUAGGUUUCCUGUCUUCCUUCCUUCCUUUUAUUUUGACUUAAAAAUUCUUAUUAGACAUUGAUAGAAUAAAAUUGACUGUAUCUCAUAAUGUUCUUAAUUCAAGUAAUUUACACUUUGAUUUAGAGAACUGAAGAGAGAACAAUAUAUACGGAAAGCAUGCUUGAAAACGCAAAGAAGUAAGUUGAUUUCUGUAACGUUGCUGUUUCCAGAAAGUGAAAGACUGCAUUUUAAAGGGUCUGUCCGUUUUUAGUGUGUUUGUGAAAUUUAGCUGGAAAACAAGUUGCAGAUGCCUCCAAAAAACACUUUAACUCCUCAUGGCGAACAGUCAAUGGUCCAUUGGUAACUUCAAACCGUGUGGGUUUCUGCUAUCAGGUUAAGCAGGGACACCAUCUUGUUGGGACUGAGUUAUGUUGGGCUUCCCCCAAAAUUUGAUCCCAUCACUCAUGUACCCCGGGGGACACAUGACACCAAUGCCCCCAUUUGCAACAAAAGUUGGUGCCUCUGAUGUUGAGUGUUCACCCCUCUUCACUUUCAUCAGCACUGGCAUUUAUGUUGGAGUUCACAGUGUGAUGGUAGAGAUCCAUGUGACAACUGCUUCUGUAUUUUCUGACUGAGGCAGGCAUCACCUGACACAGAAAGGCCACCCUCCCUGACAUUUUCAGGCUGCCCCCAAGACAAAACAGCAUGCCUUGCAGUACUGGAGUAUCUGUGGCAGAGCAGCGCAUGGAAACGCUGUUUACCUUCCCGCUGGAGCGGUACCUAUUGCUCUACUUGCACUUUGAUGUGCUUUUGAACUGCUAGGUUGGCAGGAGCAGGGACCGAGCAAUGGGAGCUCACCCCGUCAUGGGGAUUCGAACUGCUGACCUUCUGAUCGACAAGUCAUAGGCUCUGUGGUUUAACCCACAGCGCCACCUGCGUCCCUGCGUUUGUGUUACUAGUAUUCACUUAGUUAUCCAGGUUUGGUGUGUGAUAUAAUUCAUACCUUAUCCUGUUUGGGUUUGCAUUUUUGCAAGCUUCUGCCUGUUCUAUUUGUUGGUGUGUGAGCAUCUACUCUUGGGUUUUCAUUUCUUUCUGCAGCAGAGUUCCUUUUACAGAAAAGUUUUCUUGCAUCUUUUAAUUCUUUGCAGCAGCAGCAGCAGCAUUCCAGCUGUCUCUUAGUGAAAUUCCCAUUACAAGAAUAAACACCAUUUGGUUCUGUUUCUCAGAGUCUUUAUUAUUUACAAAACGUUACACUGGUCAUUAAUAAAGAAAAAAACCAAAUAAAGCAACAUAAUCUAUUUCUCUUUUUAGCCAUCUGGCCAGAGACCUAAUCCUGACUCAUUCACAUACUCACUUACACUGACCCAAUGCCUUGCUGGACACUGUUUUCAGUUUCUGUUGUGUUCUCAUUUCAGAAAUCAGUGAUUGUUGUGUAGAUUGUGUGUGUUUUCUACAUAUGUUGGAGCAAUCCCCCCUUUGAAGCACAUUAAUAACAUUCUUCUUUUCACUCAGAGUGUUUUCCAGCCUGAAUAAAUGGAACACAGGUAAGACUAGUAUUCCCUGAUACUAAAUGGCUACAAAUAGUGAUAUUUAAAUUCCUUCCCAGUGUUCCCUGUAGACAGACAUUUUUGUCAUACAGGCAACUCCCAAUUUACACGGGGGUUACGUUCCACACCGCCACAUGUGUAGCUGAAAUCAUGUAUAUUGGGAGCACUUUGGAGACUCCUACUAGCUUGCAAGGAGACUCCAUUGGGGGCUUUGUUGAGGCUGCUGAGCCUCCCUGCCUAACAGCCGACAUGUGGGAUAGUGCAGCUGCACCCCCUCCCGCUUCCCUGCAUGUCAGCUGAGUGGGUAAAGGAAGUCACGCUGCCCCUCCGGCUUGUGUGGCUUGCAGAACUGACAUGCAGGGAAGUAGCUGUGGCAGCUGCGCUACUCCACAUGUCAGCUGUUAAGCGGGGACGCUCAGCAGCUCCACAAAGCCCUGCUGCCCCUCUGGCUCAUGAUGAGACACCCCCCCCCAAGCCCAAACAGGAUGUCUACUUUGGGCUCUGGGGAGGGUCUCCUUGUGAGCCAGGAAGACUAUUCAGGGUGCUCCCCAUUUCCAGAAUCCGCUUCCAGGUUCCUGGCACUACGAGUGUGUGGGGUUGCAUGCAAAUUGUGUGUGUGUAAAUGGUGAGUUGCCUGGUAUUGAAAAUCACACAGAUUUGCUGAAGACAAAGUGGGGGGGGCAUUUAAUUAAAAUACAGGAACGCUGCUCUAGAUUUCUUGGGAGGGGUACUUGGAUGAAAAGAUUGCUGUGGGAAAUAAGUUUGCAGGCAAAUAUAUUUGCUUCAUUUCAGUAGCCGCCACUCUGUAUUUUCCUAAAUAUGUUUAUUUAUCGUGGAACUUUUAGUAAAGUGUUCCAAGAUCAGGGUGCAGAUAACUUAGAGGUACCAUUUGGAAGUACCCAAUUCCUGUCUCAAAGGCAUUUGCAAGUUAAUUCUCAUUAAGUUUGGGGGCCUAAAGCAUGGGCUGGACUGCUCAUUGUGCUUAAAGAAGCAAAGUGGCAAGUAAGCAAUGUUUUGCUUCUAGGAUCCCAACCUACACAUCAAUAAUCAUUUGCUCGCCUCUUCAAGGAUCCUGUGCAUGCUGUGAGCUAUGAAUGUCAACUUCAGAACAAAGAGCAUUUUGUAUUAUUGUCCCUGAUUUCUCUGGACCUGAGGGCUCUAAAGGGCUUGUGGUGGUUAGAAGGGCAUCUUGUGUGUUCGCACCAGCCUGUUCCUAUGUUAGGCUUCUCAGAACUCACUCCAAGUUUUCUCAGGCUUGGUGCGAAGGCAACCCUCAACUGAGCUUGCCUUACAUAGCCAUGCAUGGAUAUUUUAAAAAAUUGAUAAGAAAUUUAUUUCCUUAUGGAGAAAGACCAUCACUCAGUGGUUGAGAACAUAAUUUGCUCGUAAAUGGUCCUGGCUUCAGUGGCCAACAUUGAAGGAUCCCUCUUCUCCAUUCCUGGCAAGCUAUAGAUGCAUCAAUGAGCUGAAUCGGUUUAAGGCAGUUUCUGUGUUCCCUGAUUAUCAAAAUGCAGGCAGCAUGUUGGCACUACAUUCAGAAGCUGCUCAAACAUGUGCCCUGUUACCCAGAGGACUCUGAUGUAUAGCAUAGUCCCUGCAUAACAACAACAUAAUAUGGCCUCUCCUUCUCUUGUCUAAUUUCAGAAGAAAAUAUGGUUCCUCUCUUCCAGGAAGAAGAUUACCAGCAACGGUUGCUAACAGGACUGGUAUGUGUUGGCAAUAGGUGGCACAAGUUAGUUAAGAAAGGAUAUUGGAAAAUGUAAAUGCAAAUGUUAGCGUUCAACUUCUUCAUGAAGCUCUGUUUUCUUUGGUCAGCAAAACUACUAUACAGAAAUGCUCACACAUUUCCUCAGGUUGAAUUUUUCGUUGUAAACGGCUCUUAGGUAAUCUUCUGAUGUUGAAUAUGAGCUUUUGGACUUCUGAGAAAAUACCGUGUAAUAGCCACUGGCAACCUCCUGCUAAGACCCUCUCUGUAUAGAAGGCUCUAGACCCCAAUUUUCACUUCUGGAAUUUACAUAAUAAGUGGGAGUAUGGGUUGCAUGUGCAGAAAAUAAAUUGGUUCGCUUAUUGUUUCCAUGUCACAGGUAUAUGUGGAGGUCACAAUAAUACAUAAUAGUCUGAAAUCUCAUAAACCCAUGUUUUUCUAUACUUAUACAGCAUAAGAUCAUACAAUGGGGGGGGGAGAGGAAUGCAUUAAUUCAUGCACUAUGCUGUUGUGAGUCAUAUGACUUCAAGUGCUGCAUCUGAACUCACCACAGAUAUCUUGUGAUCCUACUGGACUUCUUUUGUUUUGGGAUAUUUUUGUACCCAAUUUCUUAUAGUGCUGCAUUUGAAAAAGUACCGGUAUAUCCCAAUUUUACUAAAACGCACAUUGCCAUAUUUGUAAUUUUUUUGUUGUUGAGAAUUUUGAUUAAUGGUAAUGAAUUAAACAAAAUAACGGUAAUGAAAACAAAGAAAAGAAAUACAACAAAGAACAACACUGAACCAGGAAUAAUUAAUGUGAGACAAAGCAUAGAGAGGACCAUGGAUCAUAGAGUCCUAGAUCAUAGAAUUGUAGAGUUGGAAGUGAUCUCGAGGGUUGUCGCAAUCCCCCAUCCAAUUACUACUUGUGGCUAAGGCAUAGACAAUUGUUUGCUUUAUAAAACUAAUCUUAACUGUCUAGGAGCACCCCUCCCCUUGUUCUUUUUAAUAUUAUAAUUGUAAGUUACUGGUUUGUAUUUUCAGAUGGUAGCACAGUUGAAAGAUCAUCUCACAAGGCACCUGCAGCAUGUUGGCAAAAAGCAGAUUGACCAAAUAGCUGUGGAUUAUGUUUCGAAAUCGGUUGGUUCUUUUUAUGUAUCUAUGUAUAAAAGUAAAACAAUGUUUUACAGCAAGACAUCAUUUUGUCCCUUUAGAAUGUGUGUGUUGCUGUCAGGCCUCACCAUUUAGCCAGUGAAACUAUUUCCCCCAAACAGCACUCACCUGCCCUGCACUCGACAUCCCGUGUGAUGGAGAAGCAACAGGAUGGGCGCCAGCCCCUGUAGAAAGCAGGGGAGCAUCAUCUGAUGGGCAGGAGAGCUCAGUCCUGCUUGGUUUGGCUGCACCAGACAGUUCCCUAUAGAGAACUUAUUGGCGCACCCAAACGUCGUGGAGAAAGCAGGAUUGAACUCUCUGUUUAGCAGCUGAUGUGUGGGGAAUUCACUCCUCCUUGGUUCAGGUGCGUUGGCAAGCUCUUUGACCACAUUGGCUGGGCCACCAACUCUACCCAGAAAGCUGCUUUCACACACAGCACAUGUUGUUGGUGUAAUUACAACGUAGUCCUAUGAAUGUUACUCAGAAAUCACAGAUAAGUUUCAUUUUAGUUCAGUAGCGCUUACUCUGAAGUAAUUGUUCAUAGAACUAGUCCCCUGCAGUGGAAUCCCUAAGCAUGUUUACUCAGAAUUAAAUUAAACUAUACUGUGCUAAACGAGGUUUCAGCCAUAGUAAAUGAUUUUAAUCUGCUGGUGAAUAAUUGUGAGAAUUUUGAGAGUAAGUUAGAAAAUUGAAAAGUUUGUACAUAAGAAUUCAAAUAUACCCCCCUCCCCUUUCUAGCUGGAUCUAAUAUGCUUGAUAAUGGAGAAUGUUUGGAAGAAAUAUGGUCUUGGUCCCUGGAUCUUCUCAUGGUAAGUAAUUAUUUUCAAUUAAGACACAAUAAGUUCAAUAAAAAGAGAACCCCCACAAAAGCUGAAAAGAGUGUUGUGUUUUUUCUUUGGGGUGGUGAGAUUGUGUCAUGAUUACCUGACUCCACACAUGAUAGACUUGCUAAGAACAUUGAUCAGAGUUUAUAUGCAUAAAGGUUUAUUUAAUCUUUUGUUAUUGCCUGUGACAAAUUCAUUCAACAUGUUCAACAAUGCUUAUGAAACACCACAAAAUGCAAUUAUGCUACAACUGUUGCUUUAAUUUUUAGACUGUAUUGUAUUGUUUCAUGUUUAUGUUCCAGUUUAAGCAGCAGAAGGGUCAUUUUAGACAUAGCAUUCCUUACUACGUAAUACAUGGUUUGUGAGGUCAGAAAUGGGUGUCAAGUCUUGUAUUGUAUUAAGGGAAACUGAGGCACUUUAGUUACAGGUAGGUAGCCGUGUUGGUCUGCCGUAAUCGAAACAAAAUAAAAAAAUUCCUUCCAGUAGCACCUUAAAUGGUUUUAUUAUACUCUCUCCUGGGAUUACUUGUCAAGGAAGAGGGGGCUAAAAGUAUUUAAGAUGCAUAAACAAGUUUGCAAACUCCUUCAUCCUUUGUUUCAUUGUCUUGCCAGUGUGGCUUUGACAUGGAGAUUCUGACCUAAUGUCCCGGCUAGUAAACUGAUAUUAAAUUAAAUCAGAGUUCCCUGUUUUGGAAAAACUGGUUAACAAAGCAGGUUCUCCAGAUUGCAUCUGGCUUGCGGGAGGAGGGGUGAGCAUAUGGCUUAUGAAGCUGGACUAUGAAUAAUGAAAGGAGUUCAGGGAAGUAUGUGAAUUUGCCGUUCUUACAUUCCAUGCUGUUCUUAUCUUUUAUGCAGUAGGCAGGAAGGAAGAUUGGAUGAGAUGGUCGUAUUCUGUAUCAUGUGUCAGAUUCUACAGGCCACCAGUGGAAUGUGCAUGCCUUUGCCUCCUGGUAAGUCCUAGGACAGUCAAGCUGUGUGUUCCAUUCAUUUAGGCAGGGAGAGCCAAAAUGCUGUAGUAAUUAUGGAUGCACUGGACUGGAGACCUGCAUUUGAAGUUCCCGCUCAACUGCAUAGCUGUCAACUUUCAGAUUUGAAAAUAAGGGAUCAGCAGCCUCACCUGUCCCGGGGACAGUCUACGGGAUAUCUAACAAUCCGGGAUAGCAGUGGGAAGCAGUGGGAAACGGCGCUAGAAUAAGGGAAUUUCACGCAAAAAAAGGGAAAGUUGACAGCUAUGCUCAACUGUGAGGCUGAUCAUCUGAACUUUGGGCCAGUCUCUCUCUCUCUCUCUCUCUCUCUCUCUCUCUCUCUCUCUCUCAUUCUGACAUACCUCCAUGGGGUUGUUGUCAGAGUGUAAUUUUGUAGGAGAGAAAAGCCACGUAUACCCUCAGUUUCUUGUAGGAAAGGGAGAAAUAUAAAAGUCAUUGUGCCCAUUUCUGGGGGCUAGCUUUCUUCAGUCCCCACCUGUGGCUGUAUACAGAGGAAACUUUACUGAAUUUUUUUACGUUGGUUGUUUAGUACAAUAAUUUAUAUCUUGCCCUUCAGGAUACAGAUCCUACCAAGGCAGUGAUAAAAUCCCAAUAAAAAACCAUAAGUCAGGAUCUUUCCUACCAGGCAGUUGCAAGAGGGGACUCUGUGGGGCUGGCAGAGCUGGAACGGAUGCUUGCAUUAUCUUUCCUUCCUCCUGUGCCUCCCCCCCCCCCCAGCCGCCUUCAUGUCAAGAUAAGGUGUUCUUAUCUAGCAGUACAAAAAAUCAAAACUAACAGGUGAGCAUUGAUUUGAAUUUGUCCUGUGCCAUCAUCCACACACCAUUCUAAGAAAUAUUCCUGAUGUACAAAUAAUGUUGGCAAAUUGCUGGUGACAAAUGCUGCUUCCAUAACCAAUUCACCUUCAUGAGCCACUGGGCGAAUCAUAUUCUGAGCAGGGAAGAUUCAGAGGAGUUAUCCAUGAAAAGAGGAAUUGUGCUUAUGAAGUUGACUGCACUGGAGCUUUCUGAGAAGUAGCUCUGGAGAAAUUUCCUUGUUGCCCAUGUUGCUGGGCAGUUUCCCAAAACAGCAAGGGGUUUCUCAUCUGACCCAAUAGACUUGGGCUGGUUUGCAAUCCAAUUAAGAAUGUUUUUGCCAGAGAACGUGGCUAAUCAUCUUGUCACUUGUGAGGCCAUUAGAGUAAUGGUGUAACCCGUUGCUUAUUUUUACUCAGAGUUGAUCCAUUGAAAUUAAUGUUGUUGUUUAGUCGUGUCUGACUCUUCGUGACCCCAUGGACCAGAGCACGCCAGGCACUUCUGUCUUCCACUGCCUCCCACAGCUUGGUCAAACUCAUGUUUGUAGCUUCGAGGACACUGUCCCACCAUCUCGUCCUCUGUCGUCCCCUUCUCCUUGUGCCCUCCAUCUUUCCCAACAUCAGGGUCUUUUCCAGGGAGUCUUCUCUUCUCAUGAGGUGGCCAAAGUAUUGGAGCCUCAGCUUCAGGAUCUGUCCUUCCAGUGAGCACUCAGGGCUGAUUUCCUUAAGAAUGGAGAGGUUUGUUCUUCUUGCAGUCCAUGGGACUCUCAAGAGUCUCCUCCAGCACCAGAAUUCAAAAGCAUCAAUUCUUUGGCAAUCAGCCUUCUUUAUGGUUCAGCUCUCACUUCCAUACAUCACUACUGGGAAAACCAUAGCUUUAACUAUACGGACCUUUGUUGGCAAGGUGAUGUCUCUGCUUUUUAAGAUGCUGUGUAGGUUUGUCAUUGCUUUUCUCCCAAGAAGCAGGCGUCUUUUAAUUUCGUGACUGCUGUCAUCAUCUGCAGUGAUCAUGGAGCCCAAGAAAGUAAAAUCUCUCACUGCCUCCAUUUCUUCCCCUUCUAUUUGCCAGGAGGUGUUGGGAACAGUGGCCAUGAUCUUCGUUUUUUUAAUGUUGAGCUUUUUGUUGAUGUUGAGCUCUUUGAUGUUGAAAUUUUGAUGUUGAAAUUAAUAGACAUGACUAAAUUAGGUCUAUUAAUUUCAGUAGGUCUGCUUAGUCGAACCUCACCCAGCAGUUCUGAAUAGGGUGUUUGCUUUGCUUUUGCUGAGGAAUAUUUCUCUCUCUCUCAAACUGCAGGAUUUCAUACUCUGCAUAUAGCACUGGGCAUCCGAUGUCUCCCUUUGCAUGCACUCUUGCAUUACAUUGACCAUGGAGUGCUACAUUUGACAGAGAAGUGCGUAAUGAAACUUUUGAAAGGUAAGAUGGAUUUUCCAUAUCCCAUCAUUAACUAUUUGCUAGCAGCUCUGAAUAGAACACUAGAACAGUAACAACUGUUAUUUGGAAAUUAAGUCUCCCUGUCCUACACGAAAGUGACGGAAGCUGGCAUCACGCCGUGUCCUAGUAAGUAGAUUUGUUAUUUGGGAUGGCAUGCAGGAGAGAGUCUUGAAUUUCCACUGCCACAUACAUAGCACAAACGUCAGUAUGAAAUGAGGCCUGCAAGUAUAUCUCUCUCUCUCUCUCUCUCCCUCUCCCUCUCCCUCUCUCUCUCUCUCUCUCAUAUGUGUGUGUGUGUACGUAAAUAUAUGCCCAUAUAAGUGGGUCUGUUGUUUUUUUUAAAAAAGAGGAUGUGUACCAAAAAGAGUUGGGUUUUGGUUCACACUAAACUUUCCAGAGAGGCAGGACAUGAGACUUAAGAUUCACUCCAGUCUUUCGCUGCUCUUCAUACUCUUGCGUUUAUAGCAUUGAUAGAGAGAUGGUUGGAAGGGUAGCAUAAACAGAAGUGGCUUGCCUCACCUUUCAUAGGUUGUGGUCCACAAAAGUUUAUGCCUCAUUAAUUCGUUAUUCUUUUAAGAUGCCACAAGACAAUUUAUGUUAUCUCUGUAAUAUAUUCAAAUAUUAUCUCUGUAAUAUAUUCAAAUGAUAUCUCUGUAAUAUAUAUUACAUGAUAUCUCUGUAAUAUAUCUCUGUAAUAUAUACAUUUUAUGUUAUCUCUGUAAUAUAUUCAAAUAUUAUCUCUGUAAUAUAUUCAAAUGAUAUCUCUGUAAUAUAUAUUACAUUAUAUCUCUGUAAUAUAUUCAAAUAUUGAAAUGUAUCAAUUCAAAUAUUUUAGCUGCAACAAAGAACACCGUAAAUUGUGGGCAGAAAUAUUUGAUUUUACUGAAUUCAUGCUGAUAGAAGAGCAUAUAAAGGAGAAAUUUUUGUGUUAGAAUGGUUUAAUUACGUAAACAGUAGAUCUAAAAUAAAUUGACAUACAUGGCAGUAAUUGGGUGGAAGCCUUCUGCAUGUAGGUUUUGAUCCUACAAUUCUGGGGCCCUUUUCAGUUACUGUGUUCCUUGCACAGGUCGUAAUGUAUUUACCUCGGAAAUGGAAAUACUGGAAAGGGACUUCACUUCCUCCAGAGUACUCGUUGCUACAGCUUUACAAUAACACACCCACAGUGUUUCUCUGUCACCUCAAUCGAUUUUGCAAAUCUCAUCUCUUGUGCUUCUGCUUUAUAUAGCUCUGUUCAGCUGGCAUUUAUUAGGGGAGGAGGCAUGGUUCCAACAACCAUGAAACAUCUAAGUUGACUGAACUAAUCGUCUGUUCCGCCUUGGAAGUGUGGACUUCUAAACUGUGAAACAGCCUGGAGGGACUGAUGUUUUGGUUUCUCAUUAGGAUUUUGAAGUAGUUUGGUUAACAAAAUUCUCUCCUGAACAAGUUCACUCUCGUUAAUGGUUGUGUUUUGCCAUGAUAAAGAGAUGUUAUGAUUUGUAGAAAGAGCAAAUAUUCCAGUUUUUAAAAGCUUUAUGUUUUAUUAUUCUGAAGGUCAUCAUACUUAAAGUGUUUGCAUCGGACCAGAACUGUAUGUGAUGAUGAUCGAAACAGCACCCUCUUAUUUCUGUAAUUUGUUGUUAAGGAAAUGUGUGACAUCAUGUGAUUACAUCAUGUGUUUUUCCCUUAAACAUUAUGGGUUGCUGCUAGAGAAAUGCACAGCCAAUAGGUUGCAGCACAUGUUUUUGCAGCUACACACUACAGGGAGAGCAGAUGUACUUUUUCAGUGUCAACUGCGUUUGGCAUUUAAGAAGCAGUUGUUUCAAUGUAACUGGACUUUCUUUUUCUUUUUUCUUUAACUUUUUCUUGUAGCUGUAUAAAAAUUUGGUCCCAGCCACUUAACUUGAAAGUAUUAUUUUAAUAAAAAGGUAAAGGUAAAGGUACCCCUGACCGUUAGGUCCAGUCACAGACGACUCUGGGGUUACGCGCUCAUCUCGCUCUAUAGGCUGAGGGAGCCGGCGUUUGUCCGCAGACAGCUUCUGGGUCAUGUGGCCAGCAUGACUAAGCCGCUUCUGGUGAACCAGAGCAGCGCACGGAAACGCCGCUUACCUUCCCGCCGGAGCGGUACCUAUUUAUCUACUUGCACUUUUUUGGCGUGUUUUCAAACUACUAGGUGGGCAGGAACUGGGACUGAACAAUGGGAGCUCAGCCUGUCGCAGGGAUUUGAACUGCUGACCUUCCGAUCGGCAAGGCCUAGGCUCUGUGGUUUAGACCACAGCGCCACCUGCGUCCCUUAUUUUAAUAGUAAUGCACAAAUAGGGUUAUAUAUUAGAAAGGCUAUGGUAAAAUCCUGUGUUCUUGAAUUCAUGCUAAUAUGCAAUCAGGCAAUUACAUUAAAAUUAUAUUUGAGAGCGGAUUUGCUCAAACUUAUUUAGAUCGUGAGCUAAGGUAACUGAGAUUUAAAACGUUGGUUUCAUAAGUUGUCUUUCUUAUAAGCUGUUUUGAGGGGGGCAGGGUUGAUAGCUACAAAUAUACAUUUGGAUAUGAAUAUGCAUUAAUAAAAUCCCCAUUAAGACACAUUCUGCAAACUGUCAUCAGUGCAAUUCAAGGCCAUCUUUUCUUAAAGAAAUGGAGGGUAUUUUUAGCCAGCACGACACUACAUGAAAAUCUGGAUCAGUUUUCUAUAUAAAUCUGGUUUAUUUGUGGCACAGGCUUGGGUGUUCUGUUCGUUAUGACGCGAUACCUUGGUUUCCACCCUUUUGAAAAGCUAAGCUCUAGUUCUUUGUAGCUAAUGCUCCAGAUACUCUGGGAUGAAACCAGUUUUCUGGAUAACGUCAAUUGGACGCCUGGGCUGGCUGCAGAGACUGACUUGGCUGCCCUGUAUGAAGGAAGACCUGUGUUGGGAGACAGACAAAGGAAUGUGAUGCUGUUGGUUUUCUUUGAUUUUGCAGCAGUAUUUGAUACUAUCAACCAUGGUACCUUCCUGGUUUGACUGCCAAAGCUAGGAGGGAGAUUUAAUGCCUUGUAGGAGUUCUGCUUCUCUUAAUGCGCUUCCCCUACUUGGAUAAGAUUAAUUGGUUAAUUUUCACGAAGGAAAAAAUGUGCAAGUUCGAUGGCCUCUUUUAUAUUUAUUGUUUAGAAUUCCUGGUUGUAAGUGUAAUUUUUAAUCCUCUUUUCAUUCCAAAAGUCUCACUGAGUGAAAUAUGUCUAUGUGUGUUCAUAAUGCAAGUCACAUUCUUUCUCGCUACUUUUAUAUGAUAGCUGUAAUUAUCACUGCUGAAUGAAUACUAUAUAUAGGCUAAGUGAAUACAGGUGGGGUCCAGAGCCUGCCUUGCCCCACUUUCCCCAUUGGGAGCAGUCCUACUGAGGACUAAGCAGGGAAGGGCUGGUUGCCAAAAAAUAAGGUUCUGCUAUGGCUGGCGGUAGGGACGCGGGUGGAGCUGUGGGUAAAACCUCAGUGCCUAGGACUUAGAAUCAUAGAAUCAUAGAGUUGGAAGAGACCACAAGGGCCAUCGAGUCCAACCCCCUGCCAAGCAGGAAAUACCAUCAGAGCACUCCUGACAUAUGGUUGUCAAGCCUCUGCUUAAAGACCUCCAAAGAAGGAGAUUCCACCACACUCCUUGGCAGCAAAUUCCACUGUCAAACAGCUCUUACUGUCAGGAAGUUCUUCCUAAUGUUUAGGUGGAAUCUUCUUUCUUGUAGUUUGGAUCCAUUGCUCCGUGUCCGCUUCUCUGGAGCAGCAGAAAACAACCUUUCUUCCUCCUCUAUGUGACAUCCUUUUAUAUAUUUGAACAUGGCUAUCAUAUCACCCCUUAACCUCCUCUUCUCCAGGCUAAACAUGCCCAGCUCCCUUAGCCGUUCCUCAUAAGGCAUCGUUUCCAGGCUUUGGAUCAUUUUGGUUGCCCUCCUCUGGACACGUUCCAGUUUGUCAGUGUCCUUCUUGAACUGUGGUGCCCAGAACUGGACACAGUACUCCAGGUGAGGUCUGACCAGAGCAGAAUACAGAGCAGAAUACUUGCCGAUCGUAUGGUCGGCAGUUCGAAUCCCCGCGGCGGGGUGAGCUCCCGUCUUUCGGUCCCAGCUCCUGCCCACCUAGCAGUUCGAAAGCACCCCUAAGUGCAAGUAGAUAAAUAGGUACCGCUUUAUAGCGGCAAGGUAAACGGCGUUUCCAUGUGCUGUGCUGGUGCCGGCUCGCCAGAGCAGCUUCGUCACGCUGGCCACGUGACCCGGAAGUGUCUUCGGACAGCGCUGGCUCCCGGCCUCUUAAGUGAGAUGAGCGCACAACCCUAGAGUCGGACACGACUGGCCCGUACGGGCAGGGGUACCUUUACCUUUUUAUGGCUGGCGGUGCCAUCCCCAAAGAGGCUGACACAAAAGGGACACUCAGUCAGGAUAUUGAUAUAGGAUGUUGUAAGCCAGGUGGGAAACAGUUCUCUAACCCUCACCCAUGGUGACAGCCUGAUAUGUUGGGAAUCUGAGGUGAGAGAGACAUGUAGUGGAUGUUUCCCCAAGUUCCAGUCACCACACAGAGGCAUCUUAAGGUCCAAAAUAGUUUACUGCUGCAGAAGAUAAGGCUUCAAUAAAUACAAUUCCAGUGAUAUGUGCAUACAGCUUGUAGGCUUUGUAGCUACAGAUACAGAUAUAUACAAGUACAAAGUAUCUCUGUUGUUCCAGCAGUUCAAGACAUAACACACAUGCAUAACACUCAUGCUUCCAGUCAGACUCACCCACUUCACAAGACUGAAUGUGCCUCGAUCACUUAGAUAAGGGGCACUGGGCUGUUGCCAUAGCAACUGGCUUGGCUAACCAUGCACCUGUUGCCUUACCUUAUUGAUGGGGUGAUUUGUUCUCAUGAAGGAAAUUAACCUCUUCCACCAUGUCCAGUUCCUCCAACAGGGUAGAGGGUCAGUUUGGUUUGGUGGGAUUCCCCCUUGAGUGAUAGACAAAGGGAGAACUGUUGAAGUGGACUUAUUGUUUUCCUCAUGACUGUGUGGGAUGUGCCCACUACUGGGAUUUAGUUUAUUAUCUGUGGCCCCAUUCUUCUAGUUUUAUGUGGUGAUAUUGAAUGAUUGUACUGAAAUGUGUCUGGGUGGGCAGGUAGCAGGGAGGUGCAAAAAUGCUACAGUGAUCCAGAGCCCACAGGCACAACAUUGUAUGAAAUUUGUAUAUGCUAAUUUAUAUGCAUAUAUGCAUAUCGAGAAACAAUUACUAGAACUCUAUUUCAUGAAAGGCAAGCUAGUUAAUUUUCUGUCCUAAUCACCAGAUAAUAUCUUCACAUGUCAUCCAGAUCUGUUCAAUUAAUUACCCCAUUACCCACAAUUAAUUUUCUGUCCUGAUCCUCCUCCAAAAUCAAAUUCUCUUCAGUUACCUCCAUUUAUCACAUCAUUAUCCCUCUAAAUUGAAUGAAAUACAGUUCAAAAUAAGCAGGAGGCACAUCAUGGUUCCCUUUGGGUGGUGGGAGGCGGAUGUGUACUGAGGUGAGGUGGCUACUGCUGCUCGCCAUAGCUGUCAAGUGUCCCUUAUUUGAAGGGACAGUCCCUUAUUCCAGCGCCAUGUCCCGCUGCUGUCCCUUAUUGAUGGAUGUCCCUUAAAUGUCCCUUAAAUGAUGUCCCUUAAAUGUCAAAGGAAGCAGCUCCUCUCCCUCCCUCCCUGCCAGCCAGGGAGGAGGGAGGCUCCAACUGUGUUGCUUGGCUGUGUUGCUCACCCAAUAAGAAGUCUAAGAACGACUGGGGGGUGGAGCUUGCAUGCCUUGUGUGUGGCUAGUUAAUGCAAGCUGAGGUGGUUUUUGAAUGCUGGACGCCAUUUUGUUGCACGUGCUGCUGCAAACUUUGCAGUGCAAAGCCAGGCCGGGGAGCCAUCUUAAGUUGAGGCUGCAUAGGCCUUGUGGUGCAUGUGAUUCAUAUUCUAUUCAGUUGAACCUCUGGUUACAAAGUUGGUUGGGCAGUGUUCUCGAAGCUACCAGCAUGAGUUUGACCAGACUGCAGGAGGACAGGAAGACUAGAGUGCUUGGAACAAGUGAGGCUGCAGGUCCCUUAUUUUGGCUGCUGGUCCCUUAUUUUCAAAUCUGUAAGUUGACAGCUAUGCUGCUUGCUCAGAAUUUUUUUAACCUUGCUGAAGCCAAAAAGGCAAAGUGGCAGCUGGUCCACCAUUGCUGCACCUCAUGCGCUGUGAUCCAAAACCACAAAUGCUUCCAUUUCCUCACAGAACUCUAGUCCAAAGGUUGCCAUUCAUUUGAUUUUGAACUGAUUUUAGAAUGAAUUGAUUUUAGAAUGCUGUAUUACUUUACUGUUGUUAGCCUCUCUGAGCCUGGCUUCGGCUGGGGAGGGUGGGAUAUAAAUAAAUUAUUAUUAUUAUUACUAUUUGCGUAAAAAUGGCUAUAAAAAAGAAAGGAAAAGCUUGCAUAAGGGAAUAGGAUGUGAUUAACUUUUUAACUUAGUGCCACUUGGAGUAAUUGUAGCUGAAUGAGGAUUUGUAUAGUCAGUGACCUUUUCCCUUUCUUUUUAUCGUAUCCUUUUGUUUUCAGAGCUGGAUAACACCGAAAAGAAUGAAAAGCUCAAACUGAGUAUCCUUAUAAGGCUUCCUGAGGUAACUGUGUGAUUUAUUUGUUUCGUAUUAAAUCUGUUUGUGGGGAACAUACGUGUUUAUUGAUGAAGUCAGCCAUACUACUUUUAUUCCAUUAAAAGGUUAGCAAUUUCCCAAUUUGGGAAGUGGAGCUUAGAGGAGAGUGAUCUGAAUAACUGUAAAAUAGCCACUUGUAGAAUGUGUGUCAAAAGCUUAUCAUGGCUUAAGGUUGGCACCUUACUGCUAUAAGAUAAUGAGAAAACAACAUUGAGUCCUGGUAAUUAGCUUUUAACAGGGGAAAUGUUUUAAAAUGGCAUGGACUGAAAGCCAGACAGUGUUGUCUCUGGCCAUUGAUUUACUUCUGCAGAGCCAGUGAGACAGGAUCUUCAUUUGAACGUUAAGCCAAGAUUUAGUGUGGACAACCAAGGUGAGAUUGUGACCGCUUUGCUUCUCUCCAGCGACUGCACUGAGCUCAGCCAUCAGUCAGCUUUGUAGCUUUGUAUGCUGUCUGAACUUGGGCUUGUAGUUUUGCAUUCCUUUCUAUAGGCUGCCAUGUCUAUUUCAAGAAACAAGAAGGGCUAAUUGAACUUCCUUACAGAAAGGGGUUCUUUAUUUGGCUGCAUGGCAAAAACAAAGCUGGUUCUGUCCUUGCUACAUUUUGUUUUAGGGAGUGGAAGGAGUCCACUGAAUGGCAUUCCUUCAGGGGCUGCAGUGUUGCAUCUUAAAUCCUCAUCAGCCUUAGGGUCAGAACUCUUCAAUUACACUUUAAUUUAGGUUUGGAGCCAGAACUAAUAUUACUUUGCCUCUUUUGUUGUAUGUAGCUUAUUAGGAACAUUAAUCUUUUGUCCCUUUUUGACACUUGUCUCUUGAUUCAGUUGCCCUGAUGAUUUUAUUGGUGAAUUGGUAGGGAAGAAGCCGUUAUACAAAAAGUAACAAAAGCAGGAUGCAGCUACCUGGCAUUUAAUAGGGCAGAGCUUUGUGGGAUGGAAGCAGACCAUUGCAGACCCUCUGCUAGGCUGCAUUUGACCUUUUGGGCACUAGCUGAAGAAUUCUGGCGUCUAAAGAAUGCUGUUGACCACAUUGUACAAGCAGGAUUUUCACUAUAGUGGAGAAAGCACGUCAUUUGCUAUUAGAGCUACAUUUCUUGUAGCUUGAUUCAACUGGUUCGUGUCCUACCCUCCCGAUCAGGAGAAAACAAGCUUGCUCCAUCUUCCAUGUGACAGCCUUUUAGAUAUUUGAAGAUGGCUAUCAUGAAGCCUACAUCUGAAAUUGUGGCUUGUGCUAUUAUUGUUUAUUAAUAAUUAUUAUUUGGGCAGAAUAAGGUUGCAGUCCUAACCCCAGUUACUUAGGAGUAAACAGCAUUGAACUUGGUGUGACUCAUAUCUGAGUAGAUGUGGUUUAGGACUGGACUGCAAUGUAAAUUAAUCAUCGUCCAAAAAGGAACAGAUCAAUACUGCUUAGCCCUUUAGAUAUCUAACCUUAUUUUAUUUUGUCUUAUAGGCAAUUGGUCGUAAGGUUAGUCAACUCUGGAAUCACCCUGUAAGCACCAACAGUAUUGCAAGGAACUAUGUUAAACUCUUGCUUGAGAAACUCAGCAAUAAACAGGUAAGCAUUUUGGGAUUAAACCUCAACUUGAAGUUGUUGUGAUUCUUGUCCACAUGGAAAUUUGCAAACCUCCAUUUGCUUGAGUGGAACACCAGAUCAGAAGUUUGGAAGACAGGAGUGUCUGAGUCUAAAUGGCGUAGCAGGAAAGCGGGGAAGAGAGAUGAGGGGAUCUGGAUAAAUUGAGUCUUAGAAGUUAAAGGGCUUUGCUGUUAUUCCUAGUAUUAACCCAAUAAUUAAAAUGCAUUUUCCUUCACAGUACAGUAUGCUAGUUAUGGAGAGUUUGUCACCUCAAAUAGAGUUUCUUCCACUUAACUACUUGGUCAAUAUGCUGGCAGAGGUGGAGAGUCAAGGUAAUUAUACUCCUGCAGUUUUCUACCCAAGUUCCUUGAUUGUUUAAAAAUGCAUCUCAUCUUGCUAUUGCCAUGUUGUUCUGAGGUUCACAUGUACCUUGCUGGAAUAUAGAAUUAUUAAGCCCCAAUUUGCAGCUUCCUUAAUGCUAAUUAGUGGCAAAAUUAUCCUCCCCUCUCCUCCAAAAAAACACAUUUUUAUUGAAUGUUGGUUACAUACCGGAAAAGCAGGUAAGCAGCAAAACAAAAUUAUUGUGGUACGCUUGUUAAACACUUUAUAAAAUUCAUCAGUACCUGAUGCACCUAACACAUUUCAGAUGAGGCACUGUGUCUGCUGAGAAGCUCCUUCCAGAUCACACUGGUUACUUACAGAACCUCACCUUCCUCUUUCGCGUCUGCUGCCGUGAGAAGCAACCAUUGUGUUGCAUGUGAUGAGAUUCCCAUAUGCCAGCCGUAUGACAUGAGUGGGUUUUUUUUAGGAGUGCUAAAAAAUGCUUUUUUUGCAUUCGUAUCCACCAGCGUUAACUAUAAGCCUCUCAAAUUCACGCCCUUUGUAUCCUUCCUAGGAUGGAUGACUUCUGUGGCACAGGAAAACAUGAAUGCAAGAUGUGUGGAAGAGUUGGCACUGAAGCACACGACUCUGCUCUUAGGUCUUUAGUGAAACUUAUCGAAAGCGACCUUCUUACCUCAGCUGCAUCUCAGCCUUGCUAUGUCUGUUAGUGACAUGUACUGAUUCAGGAGAACUACUAAAACUUCCGCUGACUACUUAGACAGAGUUCAGUAUAAUGACUUUCUCAUUGUCACUACUUAUUAUUAGUAAUGGGAUACAUGCCAAAGUUGCUGUGCCCAAAAUGUGGUGACUUUCAGGUACCUACAUGGAAUUACGAACUUACGCUUAAUUUGCCUGCUACUCCAGUUCAGAUUCUGGCAAAUAAAUUCUGAAUAUGGAGUAACUAUAUAACAGAUCAAAAAGAAACCGGCAGCUGUUGUACACUGAUGUAUAAGGGGAUCAAUUUAUGAACUUGGGAAGUAUGAUUAAAAUAGCUCUCUGUAAAUAAUGGGAAUAAAUGUAUAAUUUUGAAACUUAAUAUAUCCUUGUUUAUGUAAAAUGUCAUCUUUCUUUUGUAUAUCUUGCUACAAUCACAUGAAACUUCUGCAAGGCAACUAAAUUUCAACUGGGGCAUAUUUAUAUCUGUAUUCUCCCUUAGCAAAGUUAAGCAUUAUUAAAGCUUGUUGAUAUUGAUGUGAGAGGUGAUUUGCAUUUAAAUCAGUAAGACGGGAAUGUUUCUCUUGCUGAUAGAUGUAGAUUAAGUGUCAGUGUGAAAAGAAAUAGUUGCUAUCAAAAAAGUCAUGCAUCUCGCUCUUGCUUCUCACCUACUUUUGUAAAGCACUAGGCUUCUCUGUUUGUUUUCUUAGCUGUGAACAGCAACAGCAAUAGAAAAGUUGGAUUCCUAUCAGGAACAUUUUCAGUUUCCUACAUGCUGGCAUACCAUUAAACUGAUGUCAUUUUCCUUGCAGCUACAAAAAACCCCCCUGUUAUCUAAGUGUUUGACUUAUAGUGAACAAAGACUUCUUCCACAUAUUUAAGUCAGACUCUGCAUACUUGAAUGUCCUAUUCCAGUAGGAUGGAACUAUAAUUAAUUGUGGAAAAACUGCAGCUGAAAUUUCUUCCAUCAGAGUGCUGGGUACUAAAGUCUUUUUAGUCAGAGCAUCAUUUUAAACAGGUAACUGUUUUGCUAUAUAAGCCUAAUGGGUGGUACCCAACUAUGUCAUGGUCUACCUAAGCCCAUUACUUCAUACUCAAGAGUAGUCCCACUGAAAUUAGUCACAAACUAUGCAACAGGAUUAAAAUAUGUGUGGGAUUCAGAUCUAGUAAGUGGAGGAGUGCAAAAUAUUGUACAGGGUACUUCAAAGGGAUGGGGGGCUUUUUCAGGGUUAACAUGAAUCAAAGUGGGAAUGCUGGUCUUGUCUGGCUCAGAAAUCCUGACAUUUAAAAAAAGCUGUAGAAAAGUGAAACUGUGUCUCUAAGUUUAACCAGGAUGGAGGAGUGGGGGAGGGAACAACAUUGAAAAAUUGCAACUUAAGUCUCUAGCUUAAGCGCCAGCAGCUGAAGAGGGGGCAGUGGUGGCUGGACUGGAAGGUAGAGAGGAGAACCGUAGCUGGAGUCAGGGACAUUGACAGGCACAGGCAACUGACGCUACUUUCUCCCCUACCUCCUUCCUCCCGAGGCCUAAAAUGCCAACCCUGAGGCUCGGGGAGAGGAAGCUGACAGCCGUGUCACCUUCUGGAAUGGUUGUCUGUAAGAAGACAGGCAGGCAGGGCUGGCUGAGGGCAGACUGAAUUUGGGGAGGGGGCAGUGCCUCAUUUGGGGGAUCUCCUUAAUGGCCGACAGGUUUAGUCUGUAAUUGAUAACACACUCUAAUCUUUGUGGCUUAUGGCCCUCGUAUUUACAGGACCGCCUCUCCUGGCAUUCCCUGCAGAGGACCUUAAGAACCAUGAAUAAUCAUAGUUUAGAGGUCCCGGGCCCUGAGGAAGUCAGAUUAUCCUCCACCAGGGCCAGGGCCUUUUCAGUAUUGGCUCUGACCUGGUGGAAUGCUCUGUCCCAUGAGAGCAGGGCCCUGCAGGAUUUAUCUUCCUUCCACAGAGCUAUUCCGCCUGGCUUUCAAUCUGAACUUAGCCUGAUCUUUUAUUCCCCUUCCUUCCCUUCCCUCCCCCUCCCCUUUUUAUGAAGAUUACCCGCUCUGGGAUCCCACAGUUAAUUCUCCCCUGGUUGCCUCGCUGGUCCAAAUAGGACUAAUUUAGCCAGCUAACCCUGGUGAUCAUUUAAUGUUUAUUGGAUGGAUUUCCCCCCUUAAUUGAUUUUUGAAUUCUGAAUUUAUUGUUAUUCAUGUUUUAUACUGUAUUUUAUGCUGUUUUUUUCUUGCAUCAAUUAAGUGUUUUAAAUUUUUUGUUAGGCACCCUGAGCCCGGUUUUCUGAACCAGGAAAGGCAGGGUAUAAAUAAAAAUUUAUUAUUAU